GUUUCUUCCAGAACACCAAAACUGGCGCUGGAUCAGCUUUUUAAAAGACACGAACUUUGUGAGGAAGUUUAAGUGAAGAUGCACAAAACAUGGAUACUCAACAAGACUCCCUAGAAGGUAAAUGAUUUGUUUUGCCACGAAUUAUCGAUUAAUUUUCGUAACGUAGUUUUACAACAAAAACGACGAAUGACUGCUGUGUUGGUAGUACGUACGUUAGCCAAUGUUAGCUAUGCAUUAUAGCUACUAUGCUAGCUUUAGUUUUCCUUCUGAAGCUUAUUUUCGGAGAUUUCACUUAUAAUGUUCUGCAAAGAGAGAUAUGAAGUCAGUCUGCCAUGUGAUUUCAGUCACGCUGAAUACAGCUCUAAACACACCAGUCUGUAUCUUGGUUAAACUAGCUAAGCCAUGACUGUGAACUGUAUGAGUACUAAUGUUUGCAGUCCUCUAGAUAUUGGAUACUGUUUUUAGCACUCAUUUCUUGAACAAAUACUGGAGCAUAAGUAAAAAACAAUAAAUCAUCAACUGAGCAGUUUGAGUUGAGGUAUUUUUGCAUAAAAACUUACUUUAGUGAUAAGUCAUCAAAACACAUGGGGAUAAUAUUAGGUUGGUUUACAUAUUGAGUAAUGGUUUUAGUCCAGCAAAUGUUCAGUAAGUUUGUGUUCUUUUCUCUGCACCGCUGCUUAAGGAGGUCCAAAGUCUUAAACUCUGGUAAAACUUUUAAUGUGGGUAGAGUUUGAGCACCAUGGUAAUAUUUCUGGGGAAGUUUUACUGAUUGUCUCCCUAAAAUUCUCUUCCAGGAGCUGGUCAGACAGCGUGGAUUCUCCAGAAAGCUCAAGUGGCGCUGGCGGUGUUGAUAAUAAAGAACAGGCCCGAGGGUAUGAGUGGCAGAGAGCACGCUGAGGCUUUGGGCUGCAAGCUGAGGAGUCAGGAUGAAAGCUGGAAGAAAAAAGCCCAGGAGCUGCAGCAGGAGGUGCUGAGGCUGCGACAGGAAUCACUGAUCACCAGAGUGACGUCCAACACAAAGAGCUCCACAGAGACUGCAGGUGAGCCUCUGUUAUCCGUGUGUGCAGGUAACCUGUGGAGGAGGAAAAGCGGUUAAAAGGAGUCACCUUACACUUUAAAAACAGUAAAAAGGGCAUCUAAAAGCAUCUGAAGUUAAAGCAUGGCAGAGUAACACAAAUGAAUAGUAACAUCAGAAUUUAAAUGUUAUAUUUGUUUAAAGACAGAGCAGCAAACAGUCACAUUCACUUUCCUGGAGCAGUGAAAUUUCAUUUAAAACAACUUUAAUAAUUAACUGAAUAGCUGCUAAUUUAUUUGGUGUCUCUGCAGCAGAUGAUCCGCUGACUGUACUGACUGAUUUAAGAUGCAGCUGUUCAAGUAUUUUGACUACAGCUGGUAGAGCAGGUGGCUUAUGCACAAAGCUCUAAUGCACAGGUUGUUGGGUCGACUCUGUCCUGUGACAGUUUGGUGCAUGUCGUCCCCCACUCUAUUCCACUCUCCUCAGCUGUUUUAACGCUUUAAAAUUAGCUCUGCAACUUCUGCAACCUCAAUCUCGACAUGUCUUUAACAGUGAAAUGAUUUAUAAGGAAGUAUUUAAAGAAAGAUUUUUACUAUUAGAAAGAAAACCAAACAUAUUCUCUUUAAAAAUUGCCCUCCUUAUGUCUUUUAUUGCUCAUUAACACAAAAGGUGCACACCGUAAUGUCAGUACUUUAUUAUUUAGGGGCAGCACUCAAUAAAAAUCGUGCUGGUUCCUAAAAUUAGAGAGUAUCAGUCUGAAAAGUGGAACGGUUGUGGCAGCCACUUUGUUUGAUUGUGCUUCGAGUCAGAGUUGUCGGGGAAAACUUUGGUAUUUAUCAUAUAAAUGUUAGUUUCACCCUUGAAGAGUCAAAGUUUGAGAUUAAUUCAUGCAGUGACCUACUCUGUGGCUGUUUUUAACACGGGAAGGUGAGCUGCUGUUAAAACAGAGCAGACACUUUAUAAAGAUAGGGAAGCACACGGUGUGCCUCUCCUCAUGUCUUUAGUGCAGGCAGAGGAUAUCUCAAGGACGGGAACAUCCUGACACGAGUCCUCCGAGGAGCUCAGACAGCGAGCGGGCUGUCCUGACGUUAUCUCACACGCUGCUAAUGAUCACCUGCUGCACACUGCUACUGAGAGAGAGAGAGGAGAGGGAGAAAGAGAGAGAGAGAGAAAGAGAGGGAAGGAAGGAGAAAGGGGGUUAUCAUUUCAUCCUUUUGACCUUCUUAGGGUGGAUUCAAAAUGCAAGGCCAAUUGAAACAUUUGCAGAAAAAUAUUACCCUGUUUACAGUAGCUAAUUUCUUCUUAUUAUUAUUACCAUAUUUUGUACUGUAUUAUCUGAUUUAUUCAAGUACUCAGUCACAAACUAGUGUUAAUAGCACAUUUUGCUUCCUUUCAGUCCCCUUUUCCACAAGAAUCAGAGCCCGACAUAAAUGAUGUCAAGCUCACAGUCUGAAGCACACGGUAAAACAAGUAAAAAGUGCUUGUGUAACCACAUUUUACUCGCCAAGUGUGGCAGAAUCUGGGUGCUAAGUGAAGCCCGGGGCACGCUUAUGUUGGAAUAAGCCCUUUGAUUAUUCACAGGUACGACCUGAGCAUAGCAUGACUUAAACUGAUCAGUGGGUCUGCUUUCAUAUUCUUUAAAAGUCAGGUGUACCUGCAAGCAAGCACAGUGGUAUUUACACAGUAGAUCUCAGCCUUUCCACUCAAGUACACCCAGCUCCAGCAAACACUUUAAACGUCUUUCCUUCCACCAGGCCCUUAAAGUGUAGAAAACACACACAGGUCACUGCAUGUUUGAUGUUAUAUCUACUCUGGAUAGUGGAAACUAGAGUGACUUUCCAAACUAACAGAUACACACAUGUAUUAUUAACUCUUUUAGUUAUUUAAAACUUGCCUCACCCAGGCAGAGUUGGACAGGAUCCACUCAUGCUUUACAUUCCAGAAAAAAGUUGGAUCACAUUGUUGUAUUCUGUCGUUUUCUUUUCCGCUAGCACACCUAGAGGUGUUAACAUUGGGACAAGUUUUCUUGCUGUUUAUACAACGUCAGUGCUGGGUGUAAAAAUGACCGUAGGGCGUUUGGUAAAAAUAAUAAAUGAUACUUGCUCUGCACACCAGGUGUAUGAUGGAGCUCUUUGUCUUAAUGACAAAGCGAAUACAAACAAUCCAAAAAUAAGGGUGCACUGGGUAGAGCUGGGGCGAUAAUAUAGAAUUCCAGUCACAGUUUUGGCUCCCUGAGAUUAUGAAAACAAGAAAACAGAGAUUCAAAGAUUACUGUUCUGUCUGCCAAGUUUGGGGGCACCAAGACGCUGUAGAUGUUGCAGUGAAGAAUGUGUUCAUUGGGGACUUUUGUAUCUUCAAGAAGUUUUAUAACAGUGGUAAAAAACUUUCAUGCAGUCGGGGGGAGGGGGAUGUAAGAGGAUGCCAGGAAGAGGAAAAGGGACAGGUGUUAGUAAAGUUAAGGGACAGAGUUAGCACAUGGAGAGAAAGGUUGUUGGGACGGGAUCCCACUGGAUCCGCAACGGCAGGCGGAUCAGAUAUGCAAGCAUACAGCGCCCGCCGGAUCCGAUCUGCUGCUGCCAUCCGAGGAGAAGCGCUCGUGAGAUUACCGAUAUUUCCCAUGAGACUGGACGAGAACUUGUGUGUUUCCCCGGGAGUCAUAGAAUGAGAUCUGCCGAUCAGUUUACAUGAACGGUGGUGUAUAUAAAUGCCCACAUCCCACGUCCUUGACUCUCCUGUUAUCAUGUUAAAGAACAGUUCAAUGUAUUGACUAUUGGCUGUGUGAUAAUGGAAAAGAAAUCUUUCGUAAUCUCUGAAUACGAGAGCUGUUAGCUAGCUAGUGGUGCUGGAGUGGAGUCUGAAUUGGAUCCAAUGUUUGUUUUUUUUGCUAAUAUGAGAUCGAUAUCCAAUGUCAAUAUCAGGUGGGGACACUAGGCCUGGGUGAUUUGGCAAAAAAAAUGAUCACGAUGUAUUUUGUCAUAUUGUCCGAUCUUGAUACAACAAAUUCCCAAGACCCAAAAUCACCCCCUCAGAGAUGAUGAAGACGCCUUAAAAUGUAAACAUAGAUGAUAGAUUGACUGCUGCGUUGGUCUGGUGGCUGCACCACUAAAUGUGGCUAAAUUGCUAAUGCUACUCGUGCCGUCAGCAGUGACAGACUGUGCAGACUCCGCUCGCAUUUUCAUGCCUUCCACAUAAUCACUCGGGAAGUACUUCUUCAAAUGAUUAAAACAGAUCUGUUGUGUAGCCGGUUUUUGAGGGCACUGAUCGCCGACAUACCUUGCGCACCAGCUUCAUUGCUCGACGUCACUUUGGAGAUACCGGAACCACCGCCACACAACCGAUAAUAACUUCUCAACAAUAACAUCUUCGGUGGAUGACUCAAAGUCAUGGCUGACAUCUAUCUUGCUGCCCUCAGCUCCACGUUUAGCUCCACGUUUGGUCAUUCGGUUUACUUCUCCGACAACUUACAGAAGUGAAGAGGAAAAGCUCGACUCUGAUUGGCUGUUGUGACACACUCUUCCGCUAUGUUUGGUCGAGUAAAUAUGCUCUCAGUUAUGCUCUCAGUUAUACUCUAGUUAUACUCGUUCUGUCCCUUUGCUUUUCAGAUACACACACAGAUAUACCUGCACUCUUUCCUCCUCCUGCUCCUCUCCCUGCUCUUCUUUCUCUCCUCCUGCUUUCUCCUGUCGUGCAUGUAGAAUGUUUAUCUGGUAAGUUUGAUAGAGCAGGUUAGAUGUCAGGGGAAAGAUGGUUAACAUCAGAUUAUAUUGCACACAGUUUGUAUAUCCAUAUUAGAGUUCAAAUUUGUACUCUUAACCGUGUGGCCUGAAGACUGGAGAGAUCUAUAUAGUCCAGUUUACUGUAUUUAUUGUGGUAUAGUGACCUCUGUGGGAAACCUGUCUCCUGCUUUAGUAGACAUCAUAUUAAUGAUGGGCACAAAAUGCAGAUCAAUCUGUCUAUAUAACUCCUAUUCAGGGGUUCAUUUCUCUGAGAGGGACCUGCUGCUGUCUGCUUCCUGCCAAAUCUCCCCAACUGGUUUUAAAUUAUGUUGUCAUCUAAAUCUCAGGAGCAGGUUUCCAGUUAGCCGGCAGAGAAUUUUUCAUUUCGAAACACAAAACACACAGAGUUAUAAACAGUGAAGCCUUUAUGGCUGCAUUUGCUUCAAGGUAAGUACUCGUCCUCCUAAAUCUGAAACCUGGAGGGCCGAGGGGAGACGUUCAGGAGCACAAGGUAAGGAAAUAAUGACCAAGGUCCACCUGUUUAGAGAGUUAUGAGCUGCAGCCUCUGUUAUUAUGAUUUUAGGAGCCCACUGGGAGGUUUUAGGGACUUGAAAUACAACAAAGCAUCAUGGUCCCUCCUGAAAGCGGAUAAAUAUUUCCCAACUUUCACAUACGCUUGUUUAAACCAGGUUUAACGCCUACUUUAAAUGUAAAUAUGUGUGAAAAUACAGGUUUUCAUCCUCAGCCUGAACUUUACCUUACUGUUUUCUGAGUGAAACAUUGGGAUAGUUCCCCGGUUGUGAUAUGGGUGAUGAUAUAAAUGUUACCAAAUCAAACUGACAUGUUUACGAGUUUCAAGGUUGGUUGGAAAAUUCCCAGUUAUUACCUCUGGGAUCAUAUUGAACAUAUUUCACUGUAAUUAAAACUACUAUAAUGCUCACGCUUUAAUUAUGAUUAUCAGUAUGGACGAUCAGUCAUGUGGUAUAGGGUUUUUGCUCUCCUUCCAAUAAUAAUUAAUAAAUGCUUCCUGUCGUUUUUCCAUCAAUGCACAUAUUUCUUGGCGCUCAUUUAUAGCGGAGGUCUUUUCUUAUUUCUUUUCUCAUCCUCAUGUCACUGUGUUCUUAUUAUUCUGUUCAUUGGUAGCGAAACAGGCACACAGGAAUUUGUUAAGAAUCUUAUCAAGGUUGUCCCCUGGAAUUUGUUUGGACUAAUCAAUGAAAAAGACCUCCAGUUCAGCCUGUAAUUUACAAACCAAAAUGCGGAUUUGUUGUUCUGAAGGUGCGUGAGGAUCUCCUCCAGUAUUCUUUCUUUCAAUAUCAAACAGACCCAGUGUUUAAAAGACGGGGAAUUAAUCAGAUUUACUCUUCUUACAUGCUCUGUUUUCAGAGUUGCUAAGGAUGCACAAUACAGAAAAAAACAGGAAAAUGUGGAAAUGCAAGCCAGAUUUAAAAAAAAAAAGUGUGUUUUCAAUGCACGUUCAUUGACGCUAAAACAUACAUCUUUAUUUUGUUGCCUUAAAGAAGUGCUCUUAAUUGCUCAUUCUCUGCUUUCCAUAGAAAUAUUAUGUGAAAGCGUUGAAUGUCAUUAACAAAGGUGGGAAAAGUUCCAAAUUGUGUGUUGGAGUAAUUCCAGGAUGAGACAGCAGGCUGCUAUGAACAGCUUGUUUAAAAAGUCACACAAGGACUAGGCGAGACGUCGUAACAUCAACAAUUACUGAAUCCCAAUUAGAGCACAUAGUAAACACAGCACUUCCCAAACAGUAUGUCUGCCCCGCUCUUCAUGUCUGGGGACUUUUCGUCACUGUCUAAACUUUAUGGGUCAAAUUUUAGGCCCAAAACAAACCACCAUAGUUCAUAUGCUGCUUUCCAGUUACCCCGGAAGUCAGAGCUGGAAAUGACGUUACACCCAGGUUGACGGCGUUCCAGUAAACAAGUCGGAAAACCAAGAUGGAUGCCUACAUUUAGCCGUUGUUAACAAUUGUCAGCUGCUGUUAGUUGAUGUUAGCUAUAACAGUUGUAAACACCGCAUAACACAGUAUUUUGCUUUUACAAACACCAUAGCACCGGGUUCACAGUUAGAGGUUGGGCAGUACAACAUAAACCACUUAUUUAAUGUCACAAAAACAAAACAAGUGCUAAAAAAUAAUACAUGACGAGCUUUCACUGUUACUCUUUACUGUUGAUGCACUGGGCUGCCAUCUUGGAUUAUGAAGAUAUUGUCAAGUCGGGGUUGGUGAGGAUCCUCUGACUUUUGGCUUCGACUUCAUAGGGUUGUUCCAGGUGAAUUUCCGACUCAGAGCUUGGAAAUUCCGACUUCCGAGUAUGACUGGAAGGCAGCAAUAAUAUGUCAUUUUAAACACUGAAACACCGUUUAACUCAAAAGUGACAACUUUGUCGCAUGGCAACAGGAGUGGAGGGUUCUGGAGUGCUUUACAAUCCUUAAAAGAGCCAGCAACUGAAAUUUAGUCUGGACCACUUUCAUUAAAGGAAUUAAUUAUAAGCAUGCAGUUGCUAUAUUUGGCAUUGUGGCUCUGUUCGGAGAGCUUCCUGCCCCCCCACUUCACUCGUGCAUCCUUGGUAUUAACUUGUUCACAUCAGCAGUUCCUCCAAAGUAAAACAAGCAGAAGAAUUACGAGAGCGACUGACACGAUUAACUUGCACACUGCAAACUUAAUCAGCAAUUACUGAUGAUUGCCUCACAAUGACAACGUGCGAUUCUGCAUAUAAUCUUGCAGGUCAGGACGACUCGACGGAUGUUUCUCAGGAUCUGUUCGGUCCAGCAAAUGCAGCCAGCUGCUCAGACCUCCAGUCAGACUCAGAGACCCCUGACUUCUUGCUACAGGACCCUGAACCCGUCCCCGGUCCCCUUCAGCCUCCAGACCCCUCCAGUCUUCAGGCAGCUCCUCCGAGCAGAUCUGCUCUUCCUCAUGUGCACUUCCUUCAAUCUCUGUGUGCUCUGCAGCGAGUGGGAACAAACAGCAGAGGUCUGGAGCCUCUCUGGUUCUGCUCCGACAGCGAUGCCGGGUCAGUGCUCAUGGACUCAGUGUGCCAGCUCCUUGACUCGGUGGUGUCGGCCUGUAGGGACCCCCCUCUGCUGGGACCUGAUGACCUGGUCCUGCAGGGCUGUCAGGUGGUGGCCAAAGCGAUGGACCUGUUCUGUUCUCAGCAGCUGCCGUCUGCGGAGUUCAAGAGACGGGUGGAGGAAUCGCUGAAGGAGCUGACGAGGAUGCUGCUGCACGGUCAUCAGCUCAGGAAGGUGGGUGAAUUCAUGCCAGAGCUGUUUGCACAUUGCAUUGUACGAGUGUACCGAAUGCUCUGACCUCCAUAUGUGAAACAACUCAGCCAGCUCUUUUGAACUUGAGCACAGCUGUUGAAAGGUUUUCAUUUGUGGUAGAAAGCAAGCCUCUAAACUAAAAUGCUGCUUUAUUUUUACCUGUUGACACUUAAUUGGCCCAAAAGUUGAAAAAGUCAGGAAUAAAACUGAAUGAAAAAUGACAAAUUACCGAUUAACACAUCAAAACCUCUGCGAGAUUUGCAUAAAGAGAAAACAAAUGGCUCCCUUCUUCAUGUUGAAGGUUUAAGGACAAAUAUAAAUGAACCCAAAAGUAGAAGCAGACAGUCAGAUACUCAUUUUAGCUUUGGUUGAGAUAAUCUCACUCCAUCCUGAUUCACACUCGUGAUCCCUGCAGGAUGAACUCACCUUGUUUGUGGUGUGAUAUAAAUAAGAGUGGCAGCAAUUAAAUCCAUAAGAAAUAAGAAGAAACACCCUUAUUUCCUGUGAGUGUCAUUAAACAUUCAUUUAUUUUAUUUAAUAAAGACAGGGCGGCAUUAUUGGAGUUUAUGUGUACUCACUUUAAUGUAUUCAGCUUGUAGGCAAAUGUUCAAACGGAUCAUUUUCUUUUAACAACCAAACAGACCGUUUGACUGCAGUAAAAUGGGUCAAAUACAUUUCUGCAUUAAUGUUGUUUUGAUUGUAGAGCAGCUGCGAAUAUGAUGAAAAAUCGCUAAGGCUGCUUUUAAUAAACAUUUUCAGUCUACUUAUGUUCCCUCCAAUCAGCUGUUUAUCCUGUGAGAUUAAUUUAAAAUUAAUGUACUCAAAAUUCAGCCAACCACAGAGCAGCUCACAGCCCACAGAGAUUCAGCUAAGUCUGAUACAAACAGCUUCACACUGUUGAGGCUAAUACCUUAUGGCAUCAUCGCACAGCAGGUCUGUUGGGCCCUGUGGUGGAAUAAUGUGCGCAAAUCUUCAGAAACAAGGAUUCAGUCCGCUUUGUUUCAAGGUCUCUAGUUUAUAAGACCUGGUUUAUGGGUGCAUGGAUAGUGCUAGUCCUUUCAGAGUAAGGCUAAUGUCAGCUUUGACGAUCAGGUGUCUGCUGAUUUUUAGGUCAAACCAGGCAGGAACCUCAUGUAGGAAAAAGGGAAGUACACUUCCUUGGCUGGCCACUUGAGGCAGUCUCACACAGCUCAAAAACUCUCAUCAAAUCCUCCGAUAAAGUGCCCAUUGUUGCAGUACUUUUGCUCUGUAAUGCUUACUUUUUUACUCUCAUGUAAGGAUUUGUUUGUCAGCCAGUUCAGUCACUGAGGGUCCACCUAAAAGUAAAGUUUCAGAUUUUUUUCCCCCACCAAACUUGAGUUAUAGUUUUGAUCCAUUUUUCUUUUCUUUCAUAAAAAAUAACGCCAAAUGACAAAGAAAUGACUCUGGACAAGUUUUUAGCCCCUGAGCGAUUAGCUGACCUUUAUAGUCACCAGUGAAGGAGGCUGUUUGGAGGCAGACUUUUGCAGAGCCCUGUGAUAGUUUAUGAAAUGCACCAUCAAACCCAUGCAAGGCUGCACGGAUAGACUGAACUGUGUAUUUGUUGUAGUGAAAUAAAACCACAUACCCUCCAGCUCUCUUUUAUGUGUGCAGGUGUACAACUUCAGCAAAACACUUGGGUUUUGAUGGCAAAUCUGAGGUAGUGGAAUGGAUCUAAAUGAAUGAUAAUGUGUGAUUAUGACAAGCAAGACCACUGCAAAGACCACAGACAAGGAGCUGAUGCCAGACUAUGUGAUUUUCCGUAUGCUGCUACAGCCUUUUUUUUCAUGUAUUCAGCAGUUAAAGGUAUAAUCUGGCAUAAAGUUAAGUUAGGGUCAAACACACCGUAACACAGCUAGACACCUCCUUGAGAGAUGAAUGUUGCCGACUGCUUGCUUCUCUAGUUACACCAACUUCAGCAACGACCGCACGAUAGCAAUACACAGCACAAACCUCAACCAAAAAGCCACUCUAUAGCCGCAAAUAAUGCUCAGAACAGCACCGAACUUCAUCAACAGUACAUAUAGGGUCCCAGCCACAGCACUAGCCACCAAACAUAUUUAUAACUUUGCCUAAUUUCUUUGGCAAAGAGACUAAACAAAACUCACCUACUCUCUUCCAGCAGCCGCUUUUUUUUUUGGGGAGCCCUGACGAGUCGAUCACCGAGUGCAGUGGAGUUUCCCAGCUCAAGGAAGACGGAACUACUGUGUCGGCAGUGCAAAAAGACUAUUCAAAUGAUUAUUACUUCAUCGAAAUGAUCCGCUGCACUCGGUAAUCGACUCAUCAGGGCUCCCCCACAAACAAGCGGCUGCUGGAGGAGAGUGGGUGAGUUGUGUUUAGUCUCUUUGUUAAAGAAAUCAGGCAAAGUUAAAAAGAUGUUUGGUGGCUAGUGCUAUGGCUGGGACCCUUUAUGUCUUGUUGAUGAAGUUAGGUGCUGUUCUGAGCAUUAUUUGUGGUUAUAGAGUGGCGUUUUGGUUGAGGUGUGCGCAUGGAUCCAUAGACCCCUGUGUAUUGCUAUCGUGUGGUCGUAACUAAAGUUGGUAUAACUAGAGAAGCAAGCAGUCGGCAACAUUCAUCUCUUGAGGAGGUGUCUAACUCAGUCUUACGGUGUGUUUGACCAUAACCUGAAUUUACGCUGGAAUAUCCCUCUAAGUUUUUCCGAUACAAUUGAGACUAUUUACACAUGUACAGCCCAAAAUUGGUAGUAACAUUAGCUGCUUUUCAGGGGUUGUUUGUGGGCUAUUGUGCUUUUGUGCAUCUCCUAGUGAGACACAUUUGUCCCACUUGGCUGCAAGCCUCUGCAGGACUUUCCACAAACAUGGAAAAAAGCAACUUUUCAGUCCCAAAAAAGGACAAAGUCUCUGGCUAUAUGAGCGUUUGAUGGCUCUAACUGACCAUCCAAAGAGUUUGGGUUCGACGAUUUAAUCAGCGAGAGAUUUUCUAGACUUCCACUCAGUCAUUCUCAAGCUUUUCCAAUGCUGAGAAUGCCUCUUAUAGGUACAUGAGCAUCAGCGGUAGACUGUGUCGCAAUAGAAGAAGGUGGCCUGGAGGGAAACAACAUCAAGAUUAAUGCGUUAAAGUGGCCUCCGGUGUCUCCAGAUGGAAAUACAAUCAAGCAUCUGUUGGAUGUGCUCGAAAAAUAAACCUGAUCCAAGAGGCUUAACUUUACUACGUCCAGGACUUGAAGGAUGUGCUGUUAAUGCCAUGACAGGUACCACAGCUCAUAUUCAGAGGUUUAGAGGAGCUCAUAUCUUAUCAGGUCAGGAUGGUGUUGACCUCGACCUGACAAGAAAGGGGCUUACACAAUCAGGAAGGUGGUUAUAACGUUAUGGUUGAUGGGUGUAUAAUUCAUCGUCAGUGACAGCAGCAGUUUGCAGUGAGAGACAGCAUCCAGAGGCCUCUUUUGAUGCUAAUAUUUCAGCUUAUUUCUUUGAUUUUCCUUGAAAUGACAUUGAGCGUGUUUGAUUACAAUAGAAACGCUGCUCAGUGUCCUGUGUGAUUAGGUUUUUUCUUUACUCCGAGCUCAGCGUCCUUAAAGGGUAAAAUUGACUCCCCAGCGGGACGUACGAGUCACUCACCGCCUCGCACAUGUGACAGUCAUGACAGGGCUCAGCAGCUGGGAAAUGGAAAUGAAAGUGAGCCCGAGUUGACGGCGGUGAAGUCAUCCCAUCUGGCUCUGACUAAACGCUCAGAGAAUGGCUUAAACAACUCAGAUGGCUGCGGGCGCUCUCCUCGGUGCUGCCUCUGUUUUCUUCCAUAGAGAAAUUUCCUCGAUGUUCAGCAGUUGUCAAUGAAAACAGAUGAUUGUGUUGAGGAGGGUGUAAAAUAAUUUAGAUUUAAUGAGCCAUUAACAGAACUUCAAUCUGUCUGUGAGAAACUUUUAAUGCCCCCGCAGAGAGGCAAGUUGUCUUAGAGGACGAGUUACUCGGAGGCAGACAACCAAUCACAAUAAUGUCGAGUCAUUUAGAAGAGCUGGAACACCAUUAGUACAACUCAAUAUGGUAUUAUUGUAAAGGAAUGGUGCUCUAUUAUAGCAGAGUCAAUGCUUUAUCAUUUCAAAGGGAUAUGCACCAUGGUCAUAGAUUCAGGUGUUAUGAAUAAAAUAUCCGAUUAUUAAAGUUGUUCGGUCUCUAUUUUAACUCUCAGUGCGUGGACAUGCAUCCAUAAAACCAGCUCUUAUUUUGGCGGGAUGGGUUAUCGCUCCGUGGACUCGAUGAUGAGCUCAAAUAUUUGGUAGUGUUUGGGAGUAAAGUUGAAGAAACUCUUAUUUAGAAUAUAAAACAAACGAUUUGGUCUAGUGAGGUGGGAAAUUGGCUUUACCCCUCCAUGUUGGGUGUGGGUACUAAAGCCAACAACUCAUAUAAAAGCAGACAAUAUCCGUACAGCACUGAUGGAAAAAAAACAACCACCUUAAGAUACCAACAUGGCUUUUAGGACAAGACUAAACAAGAGGAGGCGUUGGGCAGGUGAGUGUUUGCAGACAAGCUCCCAGAGAUUAAAAAUGUGUGUAUAUCGAUGUGUAGUUUUCUGUCCUGACACCACAGCAGUCUAAUAAGCAAAGCUCUCUCUUUUACAAGUGUAAAAUCAAUAAACUCCACUGUAGGGAUCUUAUUGGAAAUGCUCUUAUGAAAGGUAAUGUGAGGCCAUAACAGUAAAAAGUUCAAAGUCAAAUUUCUCAUCACCAAAUGUCAGUUCAAUAAGAUUUUUGUCCUGUAAUGAUGAUAAAAAUAAGAAACUCAAUAGCAAAUGUUCAUCAUGCUGUUUGCAGCUCUGCGGUGAUGCUUGUUUUGCAUCCUGUAAUGAAUCGAUUCACAAACCUUUCCCCUAGAACCUGCUACACUAGAUUCAGACACCGACAACAGCCACACUCUAAGGUAGCAAUCAAAGUCCAGAUUAUAGAUCCAGAUGUCCACUAAUGCUAUAUGUCCACUAGGGAUAAAGUCAGAGCCUUUUGUUAGUGCUCUGUAUCAGAUUCCUCUGUGAUUUUUUUCUGUAAGCUUCCACAGACCAAACAGUGGAAAUCAUGGGGGCAGUACUGAGCAGUGGAGCCAACAGUUUGAGCAGUACCAUCCUUACAAAACAGAAAGGAAAACUUUGAGAAAUGGUGAACCAUCCUGUAACAGUUUCUCUAAUUCUUCUUCACCAGAUUUUACCCUCCAUGUUGCUGUUUUGCCACUAUAACAUUUAAAAUAAAGUAGACUUAAUGGUUGCAGAAAAUACAGAUCAAUUCACCAAAUAGCUUUAGCAACAAACAAAAAAACCUUUAAUUCCCUUUUUCCGAUCCCCCUCAGUCCUUUAGUUUCUGCCCCCUGUGGAUAAAGUAUGCUAUUAUCAUCCCCUGUGGAGCCCUGUGAUAGACUGGUGACUCGUCCUGGGUUUACCCCGCUUCUUGUCUAUCGACAGCUGUGAUUGGCUCCAGUCCCGCUAAGAUAAGGCGUGUAGAUAAUUGGUGGAUUGAUUGACAACAGCAGCAAGUUUCAGCUUUGUACAACACUGCUGUUUACCAUCUCUUUGGACUGUGUACUCUGCCAGCGUCACCUCAUUUGACUGUCUUACAGUUGUACACAACAAUCAUUUCUCAUUUGCAUUGUCAUCUAUUUGAAUCAAUGUGAAUGCAGCAUCACUCUAAGCCAGGCUCUGAUGUGUUUAGUGAAGAGAUAACGAGAGGUGCAAAGAUGACAGAUUAAUUAUGUGAAAUAUUUGCUAUCUAAUUUAAAACUAAACAAUCUUGAUUGUAACGUUGCCAGCUGCAGGGUAAAAGCAUCAGGGCCUAUUUAGAUGUUAUUUUAGAGAUUUAAAUCUUCAUUUACAGUGCAGUGAUUUGGUUGGAAACAUCACAGGUUGAGAGCCUGGAGAAGCCUGCAGGAUGUUUUCAGUUGCAUUUUUUAACUAGUUACCUUUAAAUUAGCCCAUCACAGUUUAAUACCACGUACUCCAAAGUUGGGGCUGUUGAGUCUUGGAGGUCCAAAAGUCCUUAGUUGAAAUACCAGUUUGUCUAGAUAAAGUGAAUUCACCAAGGAAGUUGUAAUGCAGUGGUUCUCAAUCCAGUCCUCGAGGCCCACUGUCCUGCAUGUUUUGGAUGUUUCCCUGCUCCAACACACCUGAUUCAAAUGAUCAGCUCGUUAGUAAGCCAUUACAGAGCUUGAUAAUGAGCUGAUCAUUUGAAUCAGGUGUGUUGGAGCAGGGAAACAUCCAAAACAUGCAGGACAGUGGGGCUCGAGGACUGGAUUGAGAACCACUGUUGUAAUGGAUGUAGAGCUGGGCGGUAAACUGAAAAUUUUUAUACUGAAACUUACGACAAUAGCCGAUGUCAUUUUGCCCACGUCAAAAGAUUCGGUGUCAAAUAAAUAAAUAAAUAAAUAAAUAAAAGUUGAUUUUGGAUGUGUGUAGGUAGACCAUGGUCUGAUGUCCCUUUAAGACGCUGUCCUACGCCGGAGAUGUGGCUCCACCCAAUCCAGUCCAUAACAAAGAGGGAAAGACAGGUGAGGAGAUGGAGGACAGUUCAAAAGAUGUAGCGGCUGGAGCGGCGGGUGAAAUAGAUGAAGUUAAUGUGGGAGUGGGUGAGCACCUUGUGGAGUAGUUUGUCAUUGAUUUAUCGUUACCGAGCUUAAUAUAUUGCUCAAUAUUAUAUAUGAUAUAAUAUUACUGCUCAAUAUAUGGUGAUAUUGAUUUGAGGCCAUAUCGCCCAGCCCUAAGCGGUGUGUUUCCCAGCCUUAGAUUUUGGUACUUUGAGAAAGAACAUAGCCUCACCCCCUAUAACGACUCUUUGGAUGCGAAUAAUGACGACAGUGGUCUUGACUAGAACUGAGCGUCAUGCUUCGAUGCUAGCAUUUACUCAGUGACACUAAUGUCUUCAUACUGAGUCAUCCAGUGACUCAGAUCAUUUUCUGGUCUAAAGACCGACUGGGAACCCACUAAACUCAGAGAGGCAAGGUUGAUAUGUCUUUCUUUAGCAGUAUUGCUUCUGGAAAACUCUUAAGUGUUUCCCAUUGCUACCCACCUGCCAUGACACAUCAUGUAAACAGAGAUUUUAAAGGCUCUGACAGUGAGAGCACCUGUUUUUCAGUGUGUUUUUAAAAAGCCAUUAAAUGCCUGUAAUUUUCUUCUAGGUCGGCUUCAAAACACUCACUACCUCCCCUGGGAUGCUGGAGUUAAUUUAUGCCGACAGUUUUAGCUUUUCAUCUUUGCAUCUUUUUGGUUGAGCUCUCUGUUUGAAACAAGAUUGCACUGUUAAAAGUUAAAAAAAAAAUCUUUUUGAUACCAUAGUGGUUCGAUAUCACCGAUCUGUGACGUUAAAUGCGUGUGUAAUUAAAGUUUUUGAUGUGUCCUCUGUCUCUCUCUGCCUGCCUCAUCCUGUUCCGGGGUUUUUUCUUUAAAUAUGUUUAGACAAGGCCUCAGUGAAAGUGUUCAAGUCAAAUGUUGGCAUGCGGAUGCAGAGAAAGAGCUUUUUAAAUGUGCUCAGUCAGCUGGAGAGGACACAGGUCACUGAUCUCAGCUGGGCCUGUUGCUCAAAAUGCAACACCUUGAGACUUCAGCACAUCUUCUUCUAUUGACACGACCUGCAAAAAUUGGGUCCUUUGCCUUUUCCAUUAUGGUUGCCCCCUUUUUUUGCGGCAAGACACAGUCUAAAAUAGAAGCUCUAAUAGCUGGUACCAAAAUCUGCAGUUUAAGAGCUGUGUUUCCUGUCUUGAACUACUUCUGCUCUGAACUUUUGAGAUGCAGUCAUAUCACUCUGUCUUUGACAAUAUAUCCUUAGCACAAAAAGUGCUUCAAAUCCUUGCAUCUCUGCACUGGAUAGGCACAGUUCGCUUCUUAUAACUAUUAAUGUAAAGUGUAAUUAAGCUUUAGAGUACUUAGAGAUCUCACUCUAAAUAAUACAUAUGCUGCAGAGCUAUGAUAAAAAGCCCCUAAGCGGAUGUUUUCUGUUUUGCUACUGAUUAGAAAGGGUUGUUCAGAGCUCUGCAGGGGGGUCAUCUUGAACACAGUGAUAAAGCUGUAAACUGCCCUCCAACUAAACCAACAGGGGAGCCCCUGAAGUCCUGAAAAAUCUAUUUUUUAUCUUGUUGCUCUCGAUAACAACUUGUAUGAAUUAUUAUCUCUGGGCUUGAGAUAAAAAAUACAGCAUGUUUCUAUCGAGCCUUGAAGGCUCCAUAAUUUAACAAGGGGCCAUUUGGCAUAGUGAUACUUUAACUUUUGAUGUUUUUUUUUCCAGCAUUAAUGUCCUGAGAAACAGAAGUUUGGAUGCAGGAUUUCAAACCAGCAGUAUUUUUAAAUUGAUACUUUUAUUUUUACAUGAAGUGAAGCGCAUGUAUUGCAAAGUUAUCAGUCAGUAGAAGGUGUUUUUCAGGGAGGUGCUGGUGGUUUUUUGUUGGUGAAGUAAUCGUUCAGUUGUUUGUGUCACUGUAUCACACUUGUUUCCCAGUGUGGGUGUAAUAUUAGUUGGUGUAAUAUGGUUAGUAGUCAAUAGAAGUUAAUUACUGUUCAGUUUAGGGUGGGUUUAAUUCAGUGUUAGAUGGUUAUAAACAGCCUGAAGUACUAAAUGCAGGCAGAUUCUCUAAUUGGCCCAUAAAUCUUAAAGGGCUAUACGCCACAUGGCUGGUUAAAAAAAAAAAAAAGUACCAAAAUAGAAAUGUAAUUUAAAAACUGUGGUUAGCUGCCUGACUGCAACCAAUUUUUCCAGGAUCAAGACUUUAAAUUAAUUAUAUACAGGCUUGAUUGGUUAACCGUUCAUCAAAACCAGUCAGUUACCGCCAGUUUUUGCUCUGGCCUACUCUUUCAGUUUGUAUUUAACAUGUCAUUAUAUUCACCUAAUGUACUGUAGAAAAUGUAUGUUGCACAUAAACCCAAUUGAUCCUUUCAGCCAGUAAAAAAAUAUGCUUUAUUGGUGAUUAUUUGCCAACUCAACUGGUAAGCCAAAAAGUCCAUGUGGAGGCUGGUUAUUAGUCAGUAAAAGGGGGCAGUUAGUGUAGGGUAGUGUAGGAUGGUAAAGAGUCAAUUUGAGUUGAUUAUUGGAAAGAAAGGAAUGGUUACUUGUUGGUGUAAAGGUGUUUUGAUGGUAAAAACUUGACCAACGGGUGGUCAUACUCAUCUUGCAUUAAAGGAGCUUUUUGUCGUUGAAGGCCACCGUAUUCCACCAGUGGGAAGAGUGAGCAAGGGGACAUUUCAAUCCUGAAUUGGACUGUUAUAAAUCACAAAUACUCCUGUUUUAACACACUGUAUCUUCAGUUUUUACUGCAAGGUUAGUAUAUGUUUGGGUACAUUGGAUAUAAGUCAGGAUGGGGUAUUUAUAAACCAUUAACAGGAAGUUAUUCGUUAGCACAAGGUAGUUAUAGUCGGUGUGUGGGUGUGUUAUGCUCAGUGAAAGGUGGUUAUUAGUCAAGGAAGAGCCAUUUUUGCACGCUUUGGUUGUUAUUGAACAGUAAAGGGUGGUUAUAAGCCUUGGACUAGACUACAUAGACUAUAUAAAUAAAUAUAUACUGUGUGUAUAGUGUUUAUACUAAAUAAAUCUAGAAUGGUUACCCGAAAGUAGGAGAGGGUGACUCUUUAGUUCAGGUUGUUGUUGAAGGUGGUUAUUUGUUAGUGUAGGGUGAUUUUCAGUCAGUAAGAGGUGGUUAUUUUCCAGUUAUUUUUCAUUUUAGGGUGGAUAGAAGUCAUUGUGCAGUGAUUUUCGGUCACUGUAGGGUUGCCAUUCACACGUCAAUGCUUUGACUUUGACCACAGUCCUUUAUGAUUUCCAGCACACUAAGCAUUUUUCAUGAAAAGGGAAUGACCCUCUCACUCUUUCUCCUAUACAAGAUUUAAUUUCUCUUUGAAUUGCUCAAUAAGGACGAUGCGGAUGACUUUGAGAGUCCACGUUAAUGAAUUCUUUAUAUUUCUGAUGUUCAGUGAACACACCAUCACUCUGCCAGUCAAACUGAUUGUUCAGGACAAUCCAGAUAUGAAAUGGGGGUGGGAGGUCGAAGAUGAAGAGCAGGGGUAAUUAUAAUAUUGGAAAGACUCCCAGCAAGAUCAAGCAGCACCAGCAGAGGAAGGCGGCCGCUGGGACUGGACUCUGAAAGACUGUGACACCAGACUAAUCCGUCAAACACGCUGUUCAGAAACAAUUUUAGGUUUGAAAUGGACAGAGGUGGUCUGGGAUACAGAGCUUUAAUCAACAGCUGAGUGGAUUCCCACUUUAUAUUCUUCAUGUCUGACAGUUUAAAGGGACAACAGUUUUAUUUUGCCAAUAACAAUUUGAUACAAUCUUUUUUUUUUACCUACCUCUUCUAAUUUAGUUCAUUAUAACACUUCAGACUAUUAGAUCAGACCAGAUGUUAUUAUUACAAUCCUCUGAACCAACUCCAUGCCUCUUACUCAUCCGCCCCUUUUUGUUUCAUAAAAAUACUGACCAACUCAAGAGCUUUAAUGCUAUUAUUUUUAGUUUUUUUUUUAUUCGGCUGUCAAGAUUAUUCCAUAUUUAAAUAUGUUGUUAAAUAUUUAAAGAAAUGGACGUUCAGAGAUAAAAAUAGAGAUUCAAACGUGAAAAAGAGGAAAUUAAAACAAACACUUCCAUGUGGCCGUCUGUCAGUCAAGUUCUGCAGUUGGUCGGGUCGCAGCUUUCUUCAAACUGUAACAUAUCAAACAUGCACAUAACAGCUGUAAAUAGCACUCAUGUAACUUCUAAGUUUCUUUGUCCUUUAAUUUCUCUUUUUAUAUUAUAUGCUGCUGUAAAUCUGGAAUUUCCCCCGUGUGGGACUAAUAAAGGAAUAUCUUAUUUUAAGCGGGCCCCACCUGAAAAAUAAUUGAGCCAAAAGUGUUUUAAAUUGAUGUUUUUUAAGUAAAUGUUCCAAAAGCAUCUCCUGUUGUGAACAUAACAGAUCCCAAUGUGAAUUAAAAUUGUGAUUAUGGAUCAUAACAAGCAGUAUAGAUGUUUACUCUUGAAGCAGUCAGAGGCAGAAGUUUUGUUUGUAACUGUGAAGAAAUCUGAGCCCAAAUUACAAAUCUGAUUUGUCAUAAUGAUAAUUUACGAAAUGAGCAUCAUGCUGUGUACUUAAAGAAUUUAAAAUAAAUACACAGACUUUAAAGUUAUUAGGAAAAGUUUAGUCAGGCAAAAACUCAACAAGUUGUAGGCUAACUUUCUAGCGAGUAAAAAUAAAAACUUCAGUUCUUUGAGCUGUCCUCCUGGUGGUCAAUAAAAAUAUAAGACAUCAAACUAAUAACAGGUCGAUUUAUCAGUGAUAGUGUUGAUGCCUUCGCCUGCAUGAUUGUUUUGAUUAAGAGAUAAUUUCCACCUCGGCCUCAGGGCGCUAACCUUCCUCUCUCCUACGUUAGUGCUGAAUUGUUGUGUUACAGCAGCCAUGAGUGUGCCCUCCACAGAAGAGUGUGUCCAUACAAGUAGACUAUAACUCUCUUUUAUGUGACACGCCAUUUUUUCCCCUGUAAAGGAAGAAGAAAGCCAGUCAGUCUAUGAAAGUCCGUUUCCAUGAAUCACAGAGCGGGAAAUUAGUUUCUGAGGCAGGAUGAUGAGGUGCAGCGUCUGCACUCUGAGUUUAAGAUAUGUCGUCCACGGGCUCGUGUAGUUCUGCCUCAUUGUCAUGCGGGACAGGGUGUAAUCCAUCUGUGUGAACAUACAAGCCCUGUCUGAAGUGAUGUAUGUUUUAACCUUUCUUUGUAGAGUCAUCCUCGACAACAUGAGAACUAGUUGACCUUUCUUCACUGUGAAAGAGGCACAGGUAAUCUCAGGGACUCAGAAUGAUGGUUUCUCUCUCUCUCAGAGGCUUUGUGCAGACUGCAGGUUCACCACAUUUGUUUGAGUGAGAUCUUAAAGACAGACGGUUCUGUUUUAAAGCAACAAGCUGACUUUCUUAGUUCAGACAUAACCUGUUGAUCUGCAUGAGACUUCUGCAGAUCCUGCUACUUUGAUGCACAUCUGCCGCUCUGGAUUUGGUGUCAUUGUAAUGUGUUAAAACAAGAGGAGCUUUGGUGUCUGAUUCCAGCAGCUGCAGCACCAGGACUGUGAUGAAUAUGGAAGAAUCUCACUUAAAUGAACUGGCAAAAAAAAAAAUGAAAAUUUGGCUCAUGUCUAGAGACACUCGUCCAGAUAGUUUGUUAGUCUUCUAAACUGAGGGGACAACUUUUGCAUCCAAAGACACUGUUGUUCUCCAAAACUUGUUUAACUUGAUUUCUUUAUGAGUGACGCAAAUUAUUGUACAGCAGGAGAAGGAGAGAGGAGAGCAGGGAGAGGAGCAGGAGAAGGGAAGAGGAGAGGAGCAGGAGGAGAGCAGGAAGAGGAGGAGCUGGAGAAGGAAAGAACGGAGCAGGAAGAGGAGCAGGAGAGGGAAAGAAGAGAGCAGGGAGGGACGCAGGAAAAGGAGAGCAGGGUGAGGAGCAGGAGAAGGAAAGAGGAGGACAGGGAGAGGAGCAGGAAGAGGAGAGAGGAGAGCAGGAGAGAGGAGAGCAGGGAGAGGAGCAGGAGGAGGGCAACGAGAGGAGCAGGAGAGCGGUAGCAGGGUGAGAAAAAGGAGGAGGAGAGAGGAGCAGGAGAAGGAGAGAGGUGAGCAGGGAGAGGAGCAGGAGGGGGGGCAGAAGAAGCAGAGAGGAGUGCAGGGAGAGGAGCAGCAGGAGACAGGAGGAAGAGAGCAGGAAGAGAGGAGAGCAGGAAGAGAAGAGAGGAGAGCAGGAAGAGGAGAGAGGAGAGCAGGAAUAGGAGGGAGGAGAGCAGGCAGAGGAGCAGGAGGAGGCAGUGGCGUGCAUUAGAGAGAGAGUGUGUCUGAAAGGGACAGGGUUAGUGUGGCCACAGAGAGGCUGUAGUUUACAUCGUAAUCUGUCCUUAAAGUCAGGCACCAUUAAAAAAAACUGUUGUUGGAGAAAGGAGGAAGGGCUGAACAGGUUCAUAGCAUUAAAUGAUGUUGUAUAGUGAUCAGGUGCUCUUCAAAGAUAAGGGAUAAAAGAUCAAAUGCAAAAUAAAACAAAACAACAACAAAAAAAGGUUUGUCCAGGUUAUUUUUGAAUAAUGUUGGUAGAAGGUGUCGACUGAAUUUGGUUUCCAUGGCUGGUGCUGAUAGUGGUUCAUGAGACCAAUAAUCCAAAUUUUAAAGGAUUUGACUGUAAAAAAAAAAAAAAAAGACCGUCUCUUAAAACUCACUACAGAUUUUUCAAACUUCAACCUCAUACUUUCUUCAGUGCCUUUAGCAAAUCUUUAAUGACGUGAAGCGUUCCAGAUCAGAUUCAGGAGUUACCAGUUACAGAACAGUUUUGUUAGUGUCUAAGUAUAAGGUUACUAGAUUAGACGGUGUUGUGGGCGACAAAGUGGUGCAAGAAAACAGACCCAGAGGGAAGACACACUGGCAGGGGACCAGGGAGGGCACUCUUUAAUCGAUUAAUUUUAAUGGCCACUUGUAAAAUACAAAGCUGAUACGGAUAAAUGGCCAAAUGCCAUUUAUCGAUCAGCUAGGGCUGAUAAUUGAACUACCACUAGCUGGUGGUGAAAAAUGGCAGUCCAAACUGAAAACUAGAGUCACUCUGAUACAAUGUAAAGUUCCCUCAAUAUAAAGGACUCAGCAGAGUCUUCAUUGUCCUGAAGAGGAGACGUUAAAACCUGAGGAGUGUGAUAAACGUAUUGCUUCCACGCUGCAAUAUUAUGAUAAAGAACAGUCAGACUUUCUUGCAAAUGAGCAGACAUAAACAAGCUGGUAGCAUGGCUCAAACUUAUAAACAAUAAUUACAAGUGGAGGUAAUGACGAUGGUGUUUUCAAGAACUUUGCUUUUUUUCUGUCUGCAGGGAUACAGAUAAAGUUUUUAAAAAUUCCAGCCAUGGUGGGUGUUUUUUCAAAUGUCUGUGUUCAGUGACCUAAAACUCUGUAUGUGGGGACGUGAGGCAAAAAUGUGGAGAGGAAAAAUGUGUUUUUGAAAAUACCCAGACAGACGUAGAAACAGAGAAUGAGAAACAAAGUGCAGGCCCAGUUCAGGCGGGUACUGCAGCGAUUGGAAAUCUCACCUGAGAAGCUUCAAUAUGAAUCAAAUGAACUGAUUUGUUUCAGCUCCAGUCUCAUUCAUGUUUCACUGCUCUAAAUCUUUCUAAGACCUGUAGUUUGGGGCAAACCAGUCCAAAGCUGCUCAGCAUUAGCUUCGGCUGUAUACUCGCUCUUCUUUUGGUACCGCCGAGAGCCCACCUUUGUUUUUAUCUCUUUUCUAAAACCUCAGCGAGCUCGUCAAACAAUGAAAGGGUCUGAAUGAUCCUCUGGAAGUGUCCGCCGAGUACCAGCAGUCUGAGUGUGUCCCAUCUUGAGGAGUAAAACCUUGAGCUGCUGUAAUUCACCUGCCGGCAAGUUCUGCCUUCUGAACCCCUCACGUCCACGAGGAGAGCUCUUCUUUCUGACUCCAUUUCUCAGACACACCUGGAGGAGCCGUUACGGUCUAGGAGGAAGAUGAUUGGACAAGAUGAAGAGCUCAGACGAUGAAAUUGCAGAUCCUGAAUCCCAAGUGGCCUUGUUGAAAUGUCACUCUCCCUCUCUGUAUGGCAUAUUUCAUGUAACGACCUUUCAAAGGGGAGCAGGUUAGCGUCUGACUGGCCUCACACCUGCCUGAUCUUAUGGAAACAUCCUUUUGGCUUCAGACAGAACUUUCAUCAUCACAUACGGCAUUUAUGUGUUUAAACUCCAGACAGUGAGCUGAGGGGCGCUCAAGCACCACCCAUUUUCUAGAUGAUGCUUUAGCCAGGUCUGCUUGUUAACAGAGGAAAUUGAUUUUUAUCGAAAUGGAGAACUUUGUCCGAUUGUUGGAGUAUCAGUUACGGCAAAAUUCCACAGGAUACGAAACGGCUGUGCAACUGUUCUUUACUUGAUAACGGGAGGGGUCAGGGUUGUGAGAUGUGGAAGUUUAUAUACACCGCCGAUCUCAUUCAAUGUCUCACGGUUAAACACGCAAGAUCUUGUGAGAUCUCCUCCAGUUUGGCAGUGGAUCGGACCCGGUGGGUGCUGUAUGCUGUUAGGACUGUAGCAAGAAACUCAGCCCACAAUUCCUACCAUGGUUCAAGUCCCACAAUGUUUUUUUCUUUUUCUUUUUUAAAUCUUGAUAAAGUUCUAUAAAAAAUGAGUCGGAAGUCAACAUGUGAGAAAAGGUUUCUUGUUACCUUCUCUGCAAUGAGCACAAGAUGUGUCUGCUGGAGGCAGGUGCAAAGUCCUGCUGGAAAAAGACAUGAGCAUCUCCAUAAACCUCGUCAGCAGCCGGAAGCAAGAAGAGCACCAAAAUCUCUUGGUAAAUGGCUGAGGAGGAUUUUGGAUUUUAUCAAACACAGUGGACCAACAGCAGCAGAUGACACAGACCCCAAAUCAUUACAGACUGCAGAAACAACACACGGGACCUCAAAAAUCUCGGAUACUAUGUUCCUCCAGACUCCAGGUCUUCGGUUUCAAAACCAAGAAAACAUGAUGUUAGGUAGAUCUGGUGCAGCCCUCAAGGGUGCGAGGAACAGCUUUCAGUAUAACCAGGAAAGCCUGCAUAGACCAGAUUGUCCUAUUUUGGUUCUGCGUGAGUGUUGCAGGUUACAGAUUAUGAUGCAACUAGAUCAGGAUACAGCUAUUUAAGACGUCUUUAAGUAUAAACUUUAAAAAGUGAUAUCAGAUAUCAGAAUAAAUACAUUUCACUCUGUUUCAUCACCCACCGUAAACUCCUUCAGGAGCUUUUAUUUAAGGUUAAACAUGUUCAUGUAAAUAAACAACCACAUGAUUAUAUUCUGACAUCCUCUCACCCAUUUCCAGUCAUAUCUUAUUUCUCAGAACGUUGAAUUUGUUCUAUUUGAAAGAAAGAGAGAAAACAGAAAGCGAAAAACCACCUUCCUCCUACUCACAGAGACAUCAGAUAAAAGCUUCCUCACCAGAUCUUUGGAUCUCAACAGCAGUUAGAAAACCUGAAUUUGAUGACCUCAGGUGAGUCAGAAAUAGACUGAGGAGCAGAACAAGAGCUUAAGUGCUUUACAGACUUUAGUGGAUUAUUUUGGAAUUUGGAGCAAAUGAAAGUACAGCCACAAAACUACAAAUAUUUCUUUAAUAUCCUCUCUGUUGGGGUCUUUUCCAGCAGAGUUUUAGGUCUGUAAAAGGAGACGUUUCUGAAGUGAAGUCUCGUUUUUUCUUAGAGACCCAAAAUGAUGAGUCUGUGUUUGCUGCAGCUGUAACAGUACAAACACUGGAUAUUAUCAAGCUUGUUACACUUAUGUAACACUAAUUUGGGCUCGACAUUUUGACUAUAUAUAUAAGCAACAGCAGAAAAUCUGGUCUCUAAGGAGCCCGAGGUGUGGGUGAAUGUGACAACUGACAAAUUUAUGUUUUUUUUACUUUGUAUUCAGAUGAUAAUAAAUUCAACAGGAGCAACAAAAAUAAAAACAAAACAAUUAUUGCAGAUGAAUGGUGUUUGAGAUUUAGUCCAGGGGAAAAAAAAUGCUUGUAACUGGUUCCAAACCCUUGUCAGGAAUAAACAAAACACCAUACAAUCCAAAAUCUGUUUGUGCCUUAAUAAUAGCAGGAACUCCAAUAGGUGGGUUUUGUCAUACCACAUUUUCUAGGUUUAGCUCACCAUCUAGUUGAGUUGAAUGUUGAGAUGAGGGUGGAGUCGAUGGUUAUGAUGAACCGUCUGACACAAAACCUGACCUUGAUCAUCUUGGGUUCUACUUCUUCCUUCACCAACCAACAGCAAGACUGAAGAUUUUAACCCGCUGCACGAUGAUUCAAGCUUUGUGUUUGAGACGCCGACGUUCAUGCUGCAGCUACAGCGGAGAUGCAAAAAGAGGAGAGAACUGUCAAGCUCCCGAACUUAAAGGAAGAAGGGGAGUUGGGGCAACAACAGGAAGUUGCCCCACUGCCGUAUAGCUUCAACUGUGCGUUUCACUUAUAACAAACAUAAAAACUUAAUUAUGUAACCAAAAGAUGUAUUAAUCAGAAAUGACUGUGAUUUUCAGUUUGACAGAAUUGUACCUGCAAGGUUCCCAUAUCAGCUUAUCCCAACUUUUGUGGAAAUUGGGGCUGGUAGGAAAAAUUCUGCUUAAAUUUUGGGUUAAAAAAAAGAUGUCCUUUUGUGUUAACACAUGCAGCUCAUGUGGAAAGAUUUAGGAAAUUUGCAGAUAUUAGAAAACACAGCAGAGUGAGCUGUGAAUUACAGGCAGCCCCGCUUUAAAUCCACCCCAGCUUUAUGGUCUGUUUGGGACCAUGCAAAAUAGGGCUGGUCGAUAAACCAAAAAUUUUCCGAUACUGAAAUUUAUGGCAAUAACCGAUGUCAUUUUGUCCAUGUCAGUAUAUUGGAUGUCAAAAAAAUAAAUAAGUUGGUUUCAGAUGUGUGUAGGUAGGCUAUGGUCUCAUGUCCCUUUGAGACGCUGUCCUACGUCGGAGUCGUGACUCCACCCCAUCCAGUCGGUAACAAAGAGGGAAAGACAGGUGAGGAGAUGGAGGACGGUUCAAAAGUCUUAGCAGCUGGAGUGGCAGCUGAAGUAGAUGAAGCUGAUGUGGGAGGGGGUGAGCAGCUUAUGGAGUAGUUAUGGUCCAUUUAUCAUUAUCGAGGUUAAAUGCUCAGUAUAUCAUGAUAUUGAUUUGGGGCCAUAUCGCCCAGCCCUACUGCAAAAUGACCAUAUGCCUACGCAGUAGUUUUCACUGCUGUUGCUAAUUUUGAAAAUAUUGCAGUCCACAAAGGUGUCUGUCCAGUUUUAUUCUUGCAUAGCACCUAAAAACAGUCAGUGACGGCAGCAUGUAACUGAGGUGCAGAAAGGAAGAGCUCUUCAUGUUGUUUCCUGGAGCACAACAGAGAUUCUGCAGCAAUCAGGAGUUUCAAAAGGGAUGGAGGGAUAAGGAAGGUGUUUGUGAAUGCCAACAGAAGCAAAGCACAGUGAAGCUUGUGAUAAGAGCAGCAGUGAAUCAGCUGAUGUUUGCAGUGACAAAGCUGAAUUCACUGUCCGUCCACCAAACUGGUCUGAUCAGGCUGGAGCUGCGAGAGCAAAUAUGGAGAGUAGAAGGGCCUCAUCAAUCAACAGCCUGAGAAAAUCUGUUUAGAAAAACUGAGCAACAAUCUCCUCCCUUCAGUUGUUUCAAAUUAUGAAUUAAUCUCCUGAUAGGAUAAUCAGACAGACAAUUUCACAUAAUGUCCUCGUAUCAUGCAGCAGCGAGGCAAUCAGCAGCAGAGGCAUUACCAAACAAAUUGAAUUCCAUGAUGUGUUUUUUCUGUGCUGCUCUCAGUGAAGAAAACAGCCAAACACACCCAUCUGAUCAGCCUGAAAAUGGAGCUGUUUUAGCUCUGCGCUUCAGAGUCGUGUAAUGUUAUGAGCUGAAUUCUCCAGACCAAACUAAAAAACCAACAAUGGUCAUAACACCCUCCAGCCAAACAAUUUUAUCCUCAGCUGCAGACGUGGAGCUGCCUGCUGGCACUGCAACAGAGGACAGUUUGGAUGUUUGGCUGCAGAAAAUAUGAAAAACUGAAAGAAUAUGAAUCAGCCUGUUGUUGAAUGUGAGCAUGCAUGCUAAACACGACUCCUCCAGGAUCAGAAAAAUUAAAAGCUGCAGGAGCGGCUAACUAUGAGCUGGCUGGGUUUGACUGCAGGAUGUGACAGCUAAAACUCUGCAUGCCAGUUUUUCGUAUUUUCUCCUUGUCAACAAACUUUAGUGUGCAAAGCCAAACCGACACAGAGUCUAUCUUUGAAGACGUCGCUUUUGAAGAUGCACUCGCAUGAGCCAUAUAGCUCCAUUGUUGUCCAAAAUCCAUUAAAACACAUCGCCGUUUAGACACAGUGUUGCACAAACACAAACUCACACAGUAAUUUAUUUUGACUCAAUCAAGCAAACACUUCACUGCUGCCAGAAACAGUCACUAAAGCACCGGUCUGUGCUGAUAAAUCUGCUGCUGAUUUAAAUCUGCAGUCACAAACCUCAUCUGUCUGGUCUCAGGGUCAGACAAAACAGGACAUUUGUAGAUGUCUUAUCCAGAUAUCAUAAUGAGCCUAUUUCAACACUGUCUGUCACGCUUAACUCCCAAUGGGUGUUAAGUCAAAAAAAUUGCUCAGUACAGGAUUUUAACAUCUUCUGCAACAGUUCAGAAAACAGUCAGAAUUUAAAGGGGACCUGCCAUCAAAAAUGUAAUUUUUGCAUGUUUGUGUGUCAGAUGAGGUCCAUAUUAUGUUCGUCUUAUUUCGUCUUUCCUGCCAUUUUUAGCCUUUAGCAUAAGGUGAACAGACGUCCCUGAUUUCCAGGGACAGUCCCCGAAUUGGAUGACCUGUCCCCGGCAAAAGCUGUCCCCGAAAAUGUCCCCGAUUUAACCGUUUCAUGAAUGAGAGCAAAAAUGUUGCCUGUGGGCUAGAACAACGGUUAUUACAGUAGCCGAAUGGGUAGGAAGCACAAGUAAGCAGUCCUAAACAACAGUUUUUAAGGGGGUUAUUACAAGGGGCAUGCGCUGCUACUAAAUAGUACAGAGAUGUUGUCUGUGAUCACGAAGCCCCUGAAGCCCCUGCACCCCCCUGCCGCCGCCCCAAAUGUCCCCGGAUAUCAUUACAGACAUCGGGUCACCUUACUUAAGCACACAUUAGCAAAAUGGAUAAACCGAAAUCCGAACCUCCACUGCUGAGCCAAUCAGAGUACAGCAGGCUUCACAGCAGCGAUCCAAUCAGAGCAAAGCUCAUCACCAUAAAUGUUAAUGAGCCAAAACCAGUUGGUUUUCCUGUAAGGUUUUUUAGGCAUACUAUAACAAACCAUCAAAUAACUUUUCAGCUAAAAUGAUGUUGCAAACAUGAUCAGAGGACAUCAAGGAUUAUGAAAAAAUGAUAAAAAUUGGUAUGAAAUUUUGGUGGCAGGUCCCCUUUAACUUGAGUGUGGCAAGACAUGACCAGAUUUAGGGAUGCACAAUAUAUAGGCAUUAUAGCAGACAUCUCAUAACUAGUGUUGUGCAAGUUACUGAAAAAUAGUUACUAGUUACAGUUACUAGUUACUUUGUAAAAAAAAAGUAACUUAAGUUACUUGAAAGUAAUGCGUUACUGAGAAGUAACUUUUUAGUUAUUGUCUGACGUUCUUCCAAUACUGCCAAAACAUGAAGGUGGAUUGACUGAGUUCCUCUCUAGCCGUCAUUUCAGUUCUGUACUGAUGCUGAAUAAAACAAACUGUUGAUUAAAACAACCGUUUUAAUUCAUUUGCAUCCACAUCACUGAAUCUAAUCAUCCAAGCAAUAUGAUCCGUUGUGCACCAACACAAACCUUGACAUAAACAUCAAAGUUUUACCAAAGGACUCUUGGAAUAAUAGCCUGAUAUCACUAAAAAACAUCCAAAUAAACAAUUUAACAUAGUGUGCUAUUGUUUUAUCAAGUUGUGCCUGGCUAUGGUUCCAUCUUUCAAACUCCAACUACUGCUGCUUGGAUGGGGUGUGCUCGACUGUGACUCUCGGUCGUGGAUGCUGCGUUAGCUACCUUAGCUGCUACCUUUGUCGAAGCAUGCGGCUUCUCUAGUUGCUUCAGUAGAUUGCUGUUAAUGUUGUUUGCUGUAGAAAGGAUUUUUGACCCGAGACACAGUUUACAUGUUACCAAAAUGCUGUUUUUCACUUUGCUCUCGAGUUGAAAAUAAUGUGAGUAUCUCCAUCAGGGGAGACGUUUCCUUCUCGCUCGCCAUCAUGCCGUGCCCUGACCUGUUCAGUCCUCUUCAUGGCGCAUGUUUGAUUAUGUGUGUGACGCUAGAGGGUGACAAGUGCUUUGUUUUUCCAAUUCGAUUAAACUUUGAUCGCUAAAAUGUUUUGGGAACUGUGUGCCGUUGUAAAACCUCACCAAAAAGAACAGAGUAACACAGCGUUUGGUACAGAAACAGAGUUAUUGAAUUAAAAAAAAACGAGUGUCACAUUAUUAGUUACUGAAUAACAUAUUACUACGCAACACUGCUCAUAACACACAUGCACGCAAAAAUGAGAGCAGAUACAUAAAUGAGCAAUGAUGGACUGUUUCUGACCAGAGCGCUCAAAAACAGCUAUUUCUGGUAAGGUAGUUUUCACUCUUUCACUCAAAAGGUCUUUCAAGGACCAAAGCUGGAACUUUUCGAGGAUACACCUUUAUCAGGUGCAGCUUACCUCAAAGACAGAGUUUCAGACAUUUACUGCCUAUUCAUGGACAAAAAUUUAAUGAAGAUUUUCUGUGCCUGAUAGUGACCAGGUUAAAACAUUUCUGAAUUCCAACUAAUGUCAGUUUAGUUUUGCUCUCUGGUUUAAUCAUGGAGGAAUUUAUGAAUAAAGUAUUUUCAAGGUGUCUCAUUUUCAGAGCAAAGUUAGAAGAUACCAGUGUGUGCUGUGGGAUCUAGAGGCAUCACCAUGUUAAAAUCACAGAUGAAUCUUUAAUGAAAACGUUUUGAAAUGCAGCCUUAAAGUAAUCGGAGGGGUUUACACUGAAAGAUGAAGGGUUAAGCUGUUUUGAUGAUUUGUAUCCUUGUAUAACUCAUCUUUAUUGAAAGCUUAUUAUGACUGGUCUGUUUCUUCCCAUAAAUUUGUAUCAGACGUGUACAGACUGUGUCCACUUGCCGGUAUUAUUCGGUAAAAAGACAGUUUUAAAGUCUUCGUGUUGGUGAACUAAUGUUUUUUCCAUCCCUCAGCUCCAGGCUGCAGAGAAGCUGAUGGAGUACCUGAUCACGCUGGGGAGCAACAGCAUGUCAAAGUCCUUUCUCAUCCGUCACAUCCUCUCUGAAAUCAGCACUCUGGCUGAUCAGCUCUGGCAGGCCUUCCAGGUAAAUACCCCCACCACCUCGCCACACGUGCUCCUGCAUUCACAUAAGCUUGAUCUUCAUCUUUCUCCGCCACUUUCCUUUCCUGGCAAAGUGACAGCGUUGAUCCCUCUCUCAUUUUGUCUGCCUGUAAAACCCCAUGAUUGUAUUCUACCUGUUUCUCUGGUUUGAGACGAAGUUUCACAAACUGGGUGAAGAUUUUACAGUUUCUAACCUCAGACAAGAAUCUAGAGGUUAGAGCAAACAAAUAAGACAACAUGUGGUUUCUGUUGAACUGAUAUCCAUCACAGCAUACAACCUGAUGAUGCUGCAGUCCAAAGUGCGUCUCAAAAAAGGCAAAUGAUUAACCCUUAAAAGGUCCUUCAAAAAAUGUCAGCUUCCAGAAAACUGCAAAAAUUUUAUAUAUGCAUAAUUUUUUCUACUUUAAAAAGGUCAGUUGUCUAAAACUACUUCAGCUUGAAUGAAACAUCGAAUAUUUAUUAUAUUUUUGAGUUUUUUCAACCCUUUGAAUGCCAGUAGGUUUACAUAACUCCACGGUUUUUUUAUCGAAAUAAAACAAAAAACAUAAAUAACUUCUAUGAAACAUAUUUCAAUCAGUAUUUGGUUAUAACUAUUAUUAUAAGGCCCUGAGAUGGGUCAAUGAUUGGCGGCAACAUUGAUUUUGAUGCAUCAUUACCAUUUUUUUCCAGUGUCAGAUUUUUUUAAAAACUUACACAUUUGUCCCUUGUGACAAAAAAGGUCCUAAAAACUUCUGUAAAAAUUUUUAUAUAUUAUUUUUUUUUUCUACUUCAAAAAGACCAGUUGUCUAAAACUGCUUCAGCCUGAAUAAAACAUGUCAAAUAUUUAUUAUAUUUUUGAGUUUUUUAACCCUUUAAAUGCUGGUAUGUUUACAUAACUGUUUUUUUUUUGGGGGGGGGGGAAAUACAAAAAACAUGAAUAUUUUCUAUAAAAUACAUUUCAAGCUGUAUUUGGUUAUAAUUAUUAUUAGGCCGUGAGGUGGGUCGAUGAUUGGCAGUGGCAUUGAUUUUGAUGCGUCAUUUAUUUAUUUAUUUUUUUUGCAGUGUCAGAUUUAAUAAAAAUCUCACAAAUUUGUCCCUCGUGACAAAAAAUGUCAUCUCCCCAAAAACUGCUGUAAAAAUUUAUAUAUUCAUUUUUUUCUACUUUAAAACGGUCAAUUGUUUAAAACUACUUAAGCCUGAACGAAACAUAUCAAAUAUUUAUUUUAUUUUUGAGUUUUUCACAAACGACAGAAUCAUGUUGACUCAAAAGAGCAAAAUGUGGUAGUCUUUAAAGGCUGUAAUAACACUGAAUAAAGCAAAGCCACAUAAAUACCUGUGCCUGACACUGAGAGUCUUUGGGAGCCUGCCAAUAGGUGCAUGGAUGCACAUGUUACAGGAUUUACAGGGGCUGCACGCUGGCCUGCCAUCAACUUUUAUAUGUAAGUUCUGUUCCGUCAGCGUCUCUGACAAACGUUUUCAUAACUUUGGGGAGUAAUGGAGCUUACUGCCCCUCCUGCCUGUCAGGUCCACCUUCUUUUCUAUUGUAUAGUGCUUUCCUCUGGCUUGGACUGAGCAUCCAGAAACCUUAAGACUCGCUGGCUCCUGUUGCUUUGUUUACAGUUUGAAAGGCUGUUCAUUUCUUCCUUAUCAUUGUUCGAAGUUUAGCCGGGGUGUAAAUUUGAUCAGUGUCUCUUAAUGUGACUGUUUGAAUGCAGAUCCUCAAACUACAGAGUUCUCUUUCCGCCCUCACGGUGUUUCAUUCAGACUCUUGCGCCCCUAGAAAGUCAGCUUUUGUGUGGGGCCUCAGGUGCCAACAGUUUGCCCUAUUGACUCUUUUCCGCGGCCACUUCUACACCAACGUGAUCGAUACUGCGCCCCACCUGUUGCUUGUCUGCCAUGUAUUCAAAUGUUUUCCAGCGGCUUGGACAACCGCCGGGCCGGAGCUGCUUUCGCCAGUCCAGCUCUCUGUGUGAAAGGCAGGGCUGAGUGUCAAACCACCGGGGGGUUCUUCGAAAUGGAAAUGUGUAAAAAAGAAAAGGAUACAGAUGAUUUCCCCCCCUCACCUCUCCUGCUGAGCUUCCCUCCCACGCAGCGGGGUUGGUCAUGCUCACUUGUGCCUGUUUUCUCCUCCUCCUUCUCCACCCCAAGAGAGCCUCUCGAGGCAGCCCAAGCCUGAAAGAGAAUUUUAUCAACACUGCAUUUUUGAGGGCCAAGUUAAAGGAGAAAAAAAACAGCUGAACCCACUGUUCACUGGAGAUUCUGACAAUGCAAAACAGCCUUGUGCUGCCGGGGAGCCAUUGUCUCCAACAAACCUGGCUGUAAUGGGUUUUUGAGAGCAGGAGUCUGAAGGCUGAAUCCUCCUCAAACUGUCAUAUAACAGCAGAGCACCGCCAUCGUCCUCAGAGCUUCUUGUAGACCUGUCACUGCGAGCAGAAAUUAACCGACGUGGAGGUGUAGACCUUUGUUAAAGUGGUGGUUUGACAUUCAGACCUCAGACACAAAAGUAUGACUCUUUUCUUAUGGAGGUAAAUCAUAGCUGAUACCUGCUGCAUUUCUGGUACGUUAAAAAUGAACUCGUGUCUUGCAUCUCUUAUUUACACACCUGGAUAGAUGUUUUCAGAGUUACAGGCUUGGGCGUAAUCCAAACUUACCUUUUAAAAACUCAACUAAUCCCUUCACAGGGGGACACAGCAGCUGCCUAAUGAUACAGUUUUAGACAGACGGUGUCAAAGCAUCUGAUGUUUUGUGAGAGUUGACCUCAUGGGUGAGACAGAGAAAGAAAAAGAAGAAAAAAACUUACCUUUUAAAAACUGGGGCUGUUGUUUCUAUUAUUAGCCCUUGUAUGAGAACACAUGGAUUUAAGUUUAUAGGAUGUAAUACAAGAACGUUCAAGAAAUCGAGUGCAUACUAUACUGUGUUUCCAUGCAGCUAGUAUCUGCUAUUUUCUUCAAGUUCAAGAGGAAUCAAUGGCAGCUACUCAGUUUGUGGGAAAAGCCGUCAAAUGUAGACAAGAAAGCAUCAUUAAUCAGUGCAGAAUAGGUUCCUUUGCAACAGGGGAACAUCCAGAAUUGAGGCAUUUAUUGACAGACACUCAACACACCUAUUGGACAUAGUUCACCCCCAGCCUCUGCAGUUCCACCUCUGAAGAAGGAGGCUUGAUGUCCUAUAAUCCUACUUCAUUAUGUAACCCCUGGAGAUGCCCCAUACUGGCCAAUAGAAAGAACACAUUUUGAAGACGCCAACAUUUAGCUUCACUUGAAACCCAGAGACUGUUUCCACUUUUACUGUAUGAUAUCAGCAUAAACAUGGUCCAUGGUCCAACAGCCUCUCCCACACCUGGUUGGUCCCUCUGGGGUCUGGCUUGUUUUUGCCCUUGGAGGCUCUGGCAGCCCACUGAAGUGUGUAAGAGUUGAUCCUAGCCGCCCCUCCACCUCUCUCAUCUUUAUUCUAUCAAGGCCAAAGAAGGGGAAAGAGAUUGCUUUUGAAGACGUCGUGCGUUUGAACAAUCAGUCAUCGGUCAGUCUUAUUUGCUUUGAGCUCCACGCCUGCUUUCCUCUCCGGUUCGUUCACCCCGGUGCUGGAGGAGGUCCCGGGGGAGAGUCUACGCCUCCCAUUAUGUAGAAGUGUAGAGCAGACUACAUCUCUUUUCGCAUUAACAUUUCACGCUCUGAGCUUCAGAGUGAAUUAUAAUGAUGGCGACAUCUACACCCUUCAAUCUCCACCACCCAAAGCAAAGUGUUUGACUUGAGUAUUUAGAGUUUGGACUCAUAGAGCAGAAAGUUCAUGAAAUCAGUUUGUCAAUUAUCUAACCUGAGGUGGCUAUUUUAACGAGCCAGUUUUGAAACAGAGGGAUAAUCUGACAGGUUUGCAAAGACUUAAACAGCCUACAGGACAAGGACCAGAGGAAGCUUUGUGGAGAAAAAAAAUAAAAAAAGCUGUUUUAUUAUCAUUAAAUAUUUGAAUGAGUCGACUGUGGCCAGUUUAAGAUAAGAUUUUCUCUGAUUGUUGGCAUUUUUAAGACGUUUUUGUGCCCUUCACCUUCAGUCAUUACAGUUUAGGACACUGUAUUUCAGUUCACUGAAUGGCUGUUAAGUAGGGAUGGGUGAUAAAUUAUCAUUUACAAUAUAUCGUUAGAAAAAUCCUCCAUGAUAGAUAUUAGCUAUCUCAAAAUAAAUACAAUAAAUGCAAGUUGAUGACCUAAGCGCGAGCGACGGACUCACAGCCAUGGCCCACACAGAGCAGAGUAACAAACAAACAUGGCCGAAGGUAAUGAAGAAGACGUUUCAGAGCAGCUCGUCACUGAACGAGGCUCCACAUGAGGAGAUUGGGGUUUAGAUGAGCGCAAUCAGGUAUGCCUGACAUUGGAGAGUGGAUCUGCUGCUGUUCAUACUGUGCAAUAAGAGUUUUCAAGAAAUGUUGAAAUGUUUUCACAUUUGACAUGCAGGUCCUCAGCGACAUUUCCUGUCAGUUCACUCCCCAUCCUCCAACUAUUUAAGUUAAUGCUCAUCUUCCAGCCUUAAUAUUAACUUAUUAUAUUAGUUAUAAAACAUUUAUAUCUUGUUAAGUGUGUGGUAUUUAAAAAUGAGUGUCGUGGACCAAACAGUUUCUUUAAAGAUAUUUAUUUCCGCUGUUAAAAUGGACCGUUAAUUCAGGACUUUCGCUUUUGGAGCCUGCCUCAAGUGGACUCUGGAGAAACUGCAGUUUUUUCCACUUAAGCGUUGGCUUUAUUUUUUAACUCCAGGAGUUUACUGCUUGUGACAAUAUCAAUCUGUGCCUGUCAGUGAUUAAAAAACAGGAUUUUUUUUUAAACAAACUUUAUUUGGUGCAUUUUCCCAUGAAUAAAGCCACAGCUGUUGAAAAAUGAAACAAUCCACAGGAGCAAUCCCCAAGACAUUUUAUACCAACUGGGAAUAUAAGCCACAAAAAUGUAAAAGAGUGGGCCCAGGUUUUAAAAAAAGCCUUUGCAAGCUCCUUAACAGUGACCUUAAACUGUGAGUCACUUUGUGGGGACCUACUGGGACUCCACAAAAACCCUCUGGGACGUCCUUGUUCCCGGUGUGAAAACCACCGCGCUCUAUAGCUGCCAUUUUGACUGUGAGUUUUCAUGCACCUCUCGGGCGGACUGGAGGCUGUGAGCAGACCCAGCCUCAGCUCUUUGUCAGCAGCCGUAGACUCCUGCCUCCUUUCAAUAGCACAUGAUGAAUGUACUUCCCAGCAUGGAGGUUCUUUGUGUUGGAACGUUUCAUGGCUCUGACAUACAAAAACCGAGCAGAUGGUUUCUCUGCCUGCUUUUUGUUCAGUCACCAGGCUGAAGAUUUCUGUUAUUGUCAGGAUCCGCAUGAUUAUUGAAGCAUGUGUUCAAAAGAAGACAUCACUUGGUGAAAGAGUUUUUUUGGUGUCAAGCUGAGGAAUUACAGAAAUCAAAGUCUGCUGGUUUGAAUGGACCCAAACCAAGACUCCAUUAGGCUGCAAAUAAAGAAUUUUUUGUCUGAUUUUGGGAGCUUGACGUUAUCGAAAUCCAUCAGCACAUUAUGAAGAGUUCAGGCUUAUUCUAUGAAAAAUAUAUCUAUGCAGAUAAUCUCAUAACCAUGGGAAGAAAUAUUACCAUACGUCAUCAUUUCACCACAUCAUUUCACCUGCUCUGAACUGUGAGUGUUGUGCUCACAUCCUGAUCUGAACUUUGGAGCUUCAUUAGGUCCAUCAGAAAGUGUCUGACUGUACAAGCUGCUGCAUCUGUCUGCACCUGUUUGUCAUUAUUUCAGACAUAUGGUCCAUCUGCUGUCUAAUGAUUCAAAUAAUGCUCGAUCAGUUGUUUCAGAGGAAGCAUUAAAGUCAGAUGGGGAGAAGAUAAUGUUUCUCAGCGAUGUCCUGACGGGCCACUGGGCCUCUCAGUUUGGCAGCCAAGGUAGAUCUCUGCCAGUCGUGUCUUAAAGACCAAAGCAUGGCGCUGAUUGGCUGUACAAAUUUGUCCGCUACGAACACUAACUCUUGUUUAACUCUUCUUCUGACCCAGGGUUACAGCUACUGAGCCUGAGUUUUCACCAACUGAAAGGUAAACAUCAGUAACCCGGUGGUUUUGUGCCUCUGCUGUGAUCAGAUUUGUCUUUUCUUGGCUAGUGAAAGUCAAAAAAUCUCCUUUUCUUUUGGUCUGUUAUUGUUUACAGUCCGACUCACACUUUGCAAUUGUAAUUUUCAUCCAAAUAUCUGUUUAGAGAUUAAACCAGUGCAACAUUGUCCACUGAUGCUGCUGGACACAUUUGGUUAUACCAAAAACUCUUGUUCUUCUUUCACAAAUGUUUGCGUUUAAAGGAUUUCUGACCCCUCCUGCUGUACCGGUACAAGUCCAGUAAGAGAUUUAAUCCAGAGACUUUAUCAUAGACUGUAUAUACUAUGGACAACUUGGUUCCUCCUUCCGCCUGUAUAUGGAUUUGAAGCUGAAAAGCUCUCGGUAAUUCUGUGAUUUUUCUCCAUUUCCUGAAACCAACAUUGCGCAGUAGUGUUGUACGCAUUUGGCAGGAGAGUCGCUGUGAUGACGCUCGGCUCAAACAGCGUAUCUCCCGGGUGAGCUACGCAAUCUUCGUACGCCCAUAGGCUGUAUCAAGUGUCAAUCAUAGAAAACAUGAACCUCCUAAUAACUUUUAAAAACGGAGCUGCACAGAAAAAAAGAGGACUUGAGCAAAACCAGUCUUACAAUAACUACAUGUCAACAUCACAAGCAGGGGGGGAGAAAAAUGUACGUCUGUGUAAAAAAAUUCUAAAAUUUGUCCACAGCUCCAUAGGGAUUGCUGGAGGAGGCGGGAUUUAUGACCUAUACUGCAGCCUGUCACCAGAGGGUGCUGUUCUCGGGGUGGCUUCACCCAGAUCUAUAUACAGUCUAUGUAUUUUAUUCACAAUGACCCACUGAUGACUUUAAACCAGAAACGCUAUAUGAUCACGCUCAAGUUGUCUGUGAUCCAUCUUUAGAGCAGGAUCUGGAUCCUGCUUUCUCAGUUAAGUAACCCCAGCAUGGUCAGGCUUUUUUUAGAGAUCCAGAUCUCCUGGCCGUUUUUAAACCUGGCUCUUUGUACCUGAUGCACACUCCUCAGACUGUCUGAUGUCUCAGUGCUGCUUUCUUUCAGUGAAAUAACACAAAAGACUGACACAAACUGAAAUAGUUUCAAAGCUUCCUGCGGACCCCAAAUCACUCUGUCUGACUUUAAACAGCGUCUCUUUGUUUGCAGUAUGUCAUAGUUGUGGCGUUCCUGAAUUUAAAUUGUUGAUCUCCUUUACAGACAUUAAACUUUGUGAGUGUAUUUCUCUCUGUGAUCAUUGCUAAUAUUAAAACCCAGAGGAGCGACAUGACCCGCUGUCUGGCACUGUGAUUUUACAGCUCUGAAGAAGCUUUAAUGCCGCAUGAAACUAAAACUGAUGAACUAGCAGAGACGCCUGUCAGCCUGUCUGAUGUGUUUUUACUCUCCUCAUGAUUUAAUUUAUAAAGUAUGUUAAACAUGAACUCAGCAGGAGCUGCAGAAUAAACAUAAAACUGUCUCUAUCAGGCGCCAGUUCUGCUUAGUUGGUCAAGUCGCUGAAUCUCUGAUCACUGGAUCGAUUUCCAGUCAUGACAAGAUUUUUUGCAUGUCAUCUAACACUCCCUCAUCCCUCUCAUGCCCAUUCAAGCUAGAAAAAUCCCUCAAAAUAGUGAAAAACGUUUCCUUUAAUUCUGUUUGAACUUGGUGAACCAACCUACAAUUGUUACAGUUCCUUCAAGUGUUUGCCUAGACAGCUGCAGCCUUUUAACAAUUUACCUAAGCAGCGUGUGUUACCCUGCCUGCAGCUGCCCUGCAGCACAUCGUCUGAGAGCGCAGGAUGAAGAGUCUGAGCCGCUGAGAAAAAUUCAUCCUGAGCAGCAAAAAGCUAUUGUUUCUUUUCUUUAGUGCUGUGAGUGUCAGAUCUAAUUUUCAGUAUAGGUUAUUUGAGGUGUGUGCGUCAUCAAGUAUCUAUUCCUUGUAAACAACAUUGAUUAGGGCCAUAAACAAAGGGCAUUAGUCAUACUAACUGCAAAUUGAAAAAAUCCAUGCCUUCUUCAGGAGGUGGCUGAUGAGGAGCGUCGAGUCGAGACGUCUUCGGGGCUGAUUUUCAUUAAGACGAGCUCUACUCGGGGCCAUUCAUCGUGCCUCUCCUCGAAGAAUCCACUCGCCUCCUUUUGCUUUAUUCUCCUGAUUGAUAAUGACACACUGUGUGAGGCUUUGUCGUUUCAGACUUCACAAAGGUGGUUUGUAAGGGAAGGGGGGGUUUAAAUGGAAUGUGCAUCUUACUUUAUCACUGUCUAUAAAAACCAGAGAGAGGUACUUUGUGAGACCCUGCAUACGUUUUAAUAAGUUUCAGAAAAGUCACUGGGGUUGAGUUUAUCAUGAUGAGACUUUGGGUCUCAUUCACCACCUGCUCUCUAUGAAGCAACCGCCACUAAUGCACUUUUGAGGAAGAAUUUGGCAUGAAUCAAAGUUUAUCUUAGCAGUAAAAUCUACAGACACCCAGAGCAGUCUUAUGCUGCGUUCCAGUUGUACUCAGAAGUUGGAAUUUUUGACCUCCAAGUUGGAAUUUCAUCUGGAACGCCCCCCUGAAGUUAGAUUACUGACUCGGAAUGUCAGACAAUCCUCACCAACUCUGACUUUACGACAACAUCAUAAUCCAAGAUGGCAGCGCAGUGCAUCAACAGUAAAGAGUAACAGUGCAAGCUCUCAUAAUGUUUUACUUAUUAACAUUUUUGUUUCGUUUUUGUCAAUGAAGUGGUAUAUGAUGUACUGUCCAAUGUCUAACUAUGAGCACGGUGCUAUGGUGUCUGUAAGAAUAGAAUACUGUGUUAUGCGUUGUUUACAACUGGUAUAGCUAACCACAACUAACAACAACUGACAAUGGCUAACGACAGCUGACAGUUGUAAACAACAGCUAACAACGGCUAACAGUAGGCGUCCAUCUUGGCUUUCCGACUUGUUAACUGGAACACCGUCAACUCGGGUGUAAUGUCAUUUCCAGCUCCGACAUCCAACUUCCAAGGUAACUGGAACACAGCAUAAUGCUCAUUUGAGGUCUGACAUGACUGUGCAAAAUGUUCACAUAGGCCUGACAUACGGUUGGGGUCGGGGUUCUCUUGACAGAGUUUCAUCUGCAAGAGUUGGAGGUUAAUGUCUUUGUCCAUCUUUGUCUAAAUAUUUUGUGAUCAUGUUAAUAGAUGCAUGUUAGCCUGAGCCGCUCCAGAACAAGCUUGUGAUAUGUAAUGAUAAACUCACGUCUGUGGAUGACAGCAGACAGAUUUUUACGUCUCUGUGACUUAAACUGAAUCUGUGUGCUCUGGGGUUCAGUUGUCUUUGGUGUAUCCUCCUGGUCUGCUCAGACACCACUUUAGUCCUGUUGAGUUUCUGCUGGUGAGUCUUUCAUAAUUCUGUCUGAUUAUCUUCUCAUAAUUGCUCCUCUAAAAAUUAGGUCCGUAUGAAUUUACUCUUGUGUUGUCUGGCCAGCUAAUAAGUUUAAGGUAUUAACUUUGGGACGACUAAAACUGAGGCCAUUAAAGAGGUGUGAUGAGGGUCUAAGUAGCUAUAAAAAUUAACAGCCUCCAUCCUUGCUGCCACUCCUCUUUUAGCAUCUUAGUCUGAACCAUUAUAAAAGUGUAAACCCCUCCUCCUCCUCCUCCUGUUGAUUUAUUCCUGUUGAACAGGAUCAGGCUGUGAUUUUGUGUACUUUCUGCUAUCUACACACUCCCUCCUCUGCAGUAACUCAGUGCAGAAGCAUGGGGUGCAGAUAAGACGGCGAGCCAUUGACCACCCACAGUUUGCAUAAGAAGCAGACACUGGGACGGUGACAGCUGAGGGUGCAUAGUAAUGGCAUCAGAGCGCUGUUUCCACUGCCCACUGGUUUGGUGUUAUCGCCGGCUUUUUCUGUUGGCCCUGUCCCGAGGGGCUGAAGAUGUUUGGUGUGUGUCGCUGACUGUCACGCCCUCUGACAGAACAGCGAAGCGCCCAGAUGGCAAAGCUUAUCUGUAUGCUGUGCUGCUCCAAGGACAGAGGCACCGGGCUGUAGCCUCUCUGAGGAUGUAUGUCAGACAGGAACAACCUGCUGCUGACAGAGCUCUCAUGACUGUAACACCUCCACAACCUGGUACCUGAGUCUUCGGAAUAUUGCAGCUCAAAGACCUUCUCUGUUUUUAGAGUGAACCUGCGAUAGGCUCACAGUCGGCCAUGUUUUUACAGACUGUUUGCUCCUGCAUAUGAUACAUGACUUACCUGCUCAACAUAGUUUUCAGAGGCACAUUUUACAUGGAUGCAACCACCUGAUUUUUUUGUUUGACAUAGUCAAGACAGAAAUUUCAGGACAAUAAAUUAUAACUUUUCAUUUCUAUAAAAUGAGGUGAUGACUUAGGAGCUGUUAAGAAGUCUAAAAAAAGUAAGUCUAGUCAAACCAGCUAGUUUACAGGUAAGAAAACACCCAGAAAACAGUCAAAAGUGGAGAUGCUAUUUUUUGUUCAAGUAGCAAAGCAUGUUAAUAUCAUGUCAACCUUUAACCAGAGUUAUGACUCCAGCUAGUGCUCACAAACUUUUCUAUAUUCCAGGUGUGUCCAUAACAAAGAUUUCAGACCAAAUGCAGAGGAGAGUUUCCCUGACUGUUCAUCAGAUAACCUCCAUCAUUUCAUGAUUUAUUUACGUCCCUGAGAGAAACUCCUGUUCAUCUGUUUGUGGUGAAUCUAAGUUUCACUGUAGAUACUAAGUUACACAGAGGCUUUAGUGUGGCUUACUUCAGCGGUACGAACCUGAAAAAGAAAUCAAUUCUCUUCUGGUUUUCUGAUAGUCAAAGGGGUAAUCCGGGGUAAAAUUAAUCUAGGGUCAAACACACCAUAACAAAGAAAGAGUAAUGUUGCCGACCGUUUGCUUCUCUAGUUAUACCAACUUUAGUGACAACUGCACGAUAUCAAUACACAGCAGCAGGGUGACGCAACUCAAGGAAGAACAUAUAUGAUCAUUUCUUCAUGGAAAUGCAAUCAGACCGAGACUCUGAGGCAGAAGAACUACUGCGUCUGCAGUGCAAAAUGAUUAAUAUGGUGAUUACUUCAAGGAAAGGAGGUGUUAAAGUAAUGACAAUAAAUGUUCUUCCUUGAGCUGCGUCACCCCGCUGUAGUCCGUAAUGGACUGACCCGAGGGCUUGCUACAAACAAGUGGCUGCUGGAAGAGAGUAGGUGAGUUGUGUUUAGUCUCUUUGCGAAAGAAAUUAGGCAAAGCUAAAAAGAUGUUUGGUGGCGAGUACUAGGCUAGGACCCUGUAUGUACUGUUGAUGAAGUUAGGUGCUGUUCUGAGCAUUAUUUGUGGCUAUAGAGUGGCGUCGAGGUUUGUUUAUGGCUCCUCAGAUCGCUGUGUAUUGCUAUCCAGCGGUCGUUACUGAAGUUGGUAUAACUAGAGAAGCAAGCAGUUGGCAACAUUCAUCUCUCGAGGGGGUGUCUAACUAGAUGUUACAGUGUGUUUGACCCUAACUUAAUUUUACGCCGGAAUAUCCCUUUAAGGGGUCUUAAGUUUGCCAAAAUAACUGUCCUUAAAAAGAGAAGAAAAUUUAAAAUCUUGAAGGUCAGAUCAGAUCUUCUGAAGUUCAAAUGUUUGCUGCAGAGUCGGUUGUUAGCUCACAUUGAACCCGCCUAAUAACCUCCUCUGGACUCCUUUUCUUUCAUGUUGGAUGUGUUUUUGCUAAAAACCCUCCAAAGACCAUGAAGGUCUCCCCUGCUAGGCUGUGAAUGAUAACGCUGGAGGGUUGUGAUGAUGUGUGAACAUGACACAAAGCCCUUCAACCAUCAUCGCCCGUCCUCUAACCUCCGGGGCGUGAACGCCUGAGUCAGCUUAGAGACCCGGACAGAUGGAGGCGAUCUGCUCCCUUAACCACCAGCUGGAAGAGCGGCGGAGGGGGUCUGAGGCAGGUGGUGCGCUGAUGGAUAUUACAGUAAUAAUAAUAAUGUUACCACUACUCAGGAGUUAUAUUGAGGCAAUACAGAAGCUUAUGGUUCAGAAAAUAUGCAGUAACAGGGUUCAUGGCUCCAAAUGUUUUUACCUAAAUAGACCUGGACCACAUAAAAAAACUCUUCAUUCUUUUAAAGCAGAAACUUGGCACGCAAACAGUUUUAAUUGUAAAACCUUAAGAAGAAAGAUGCACACCUGGAUUUUCAGACUGGAGUUGCAUGUCUGUAAAAUAAACAGAUUUAUUGGAGUUAAUUAUGGUAUGAAAUUAAAGAGUCAUUAGGCUUUUAACAGUCUUAUUUUUAAAGAGUUAGGAGAACUCAGUCGGCUUCAGUUCAAUGAGGAGAAAACUAAAAGAAAAACAAAAUCAAUCCCACUUUCAAAUUAAGUAAAUUACCCAGAAUUCACUGUUAAACCUGGCAACGGUUCGAACAGUAAAACUAAUGUUAUCGAUCUAUAAUCAACGAUUGUUCCAUUGUUGAGAACUGCACUGUUAUUCGUCCUUAAAUUGUAAAGUAAUCAGUCCAUUAGGAGUUAGAAAACCAGAUUUACCCCGAUCUGGAUCAUUUACUAAUUAGGUUUUUUGUUGAUUAAAGUAUUGAUUGACUUGAUUGCUCAAGCUUUUGGCUUUCUCAGUUUCAAACCUCACAUCUCCUUUGGAUGCAGAAAAAAUAUAAUUAUAUCACAUAUGAAUAACAGAGAUUUACACCCCACCCAGAAAGUUGAACUGACUCGACAUUUACUGGAAGAUGAUGCAGGUGAAAAUGUUUCCAAACGGACCUGUAUGUUUUCUUUUCUUUAUUAUAAAUCUCAUUGUCACCCUUGUCCAUUGUCUACGGUGGCCCUAAGAGUCAACUCAGGGACACACAGACAUACAGAAACAAGUUUUAAACACAAAAAUGCUUCAAAAAAUUGCAAAACAGUUCAGGAAGACAGUAUGAUGCACAACACAAAAACAAUCACAAAAUGUAACAUUUUUCAAACCUAAAGAUAAUAAAUAAAAUGUAAAAACCUUUUUAAUACACGCAAAAAUGCAAAAUUAAUUGAUAAAAUGCCAAAAAAAGCUAAUUCAAGAAUAUUUGAGUGAACAUUUUUUAAUGAAUACAGCACACAAUCACUUUUAAAACUAAAAAGUUUAAUAGAAUUCAAGAAAAUUUAUGAAUUGCAAAAGCAUUUCACAGGGUUCAAAAAUAAAGUGUGUUAUCUGAAAGUUUGUCUUUGCACUUCAGAAAAAAAAUUAGACACUUUUUGAAUUGUUUUUCAGAUUGAUCAAAAGUUCCUGCGUUACAUUUAGUAUUUCCACACUUUGCUGAAAGUUUUUGAGUCCUGAAAGCAGGGUAAAGAAAAAAAAUUUUCAGAUUUUCUAAAAGCUUUUGUGCGCCAUGAAAUUCUUUUGCGUCUUCUAAAAAGCGUCUGAGCAAUUCUAAAUAUUUUCAGCAACCUCUUAAAAGUUUUUUUAGACUUUAAUCAGUUGUUUUGAGAUUUGUACAAAGUUUUAGCGCUUUGUAAAAUGUUCUUACAUGAGCGCUCCAGUGAACAUGUUUUUUUAUAUUUCGUGAAAUAUUUAGUUAAUGAUUUUGACCUUCAGGGCCACUGUAUCGUUUGCUACUUCAGGCGUGACUCCCUUCUGUGUAUUCUCUGCGUUAGCGUCUCAUUAGAAGGAUCUGUUGAUCGUCAGAGCAGCCAGUGUGGAGCUGAUUGCUGUUAAUGAUGUUAGGUUUGUCUCGGGAUGUUAAACUUGGCGCAGAGGUGUGUUUGCAGGAAGUUCAGAGUUUAGUAGUGACAGCAGGGGGAAAUGAGCAGCACAGCUGAUGCUUAUAAAGAACAGUGCCAGUUUAAUUUUCACCCUUUGCCUCUGCUGCCUUCAGUCCACACUCAGGGAAUAUUUUUUCCUCCAGUAUGUCUCAUUUUCAGGGCCACUCCUGACUUUUAAUGCCCGUUCAUUUUUCCCUGAGAGAAGAGCUUGAUGUUAGAAAGUUCCUCUGAUGCCGGUGAGAUGAUUUCUUCCUCAGGUAAUGUGAGUUCAGUCGAGCUGCUCUGUCCAUGAGAGUGUCAGUAAUAUUCAGAAGAAGAAGAAGAGGAAGUCCUCGGGAGGUGAGAGACGAGCUGCUGUGCUGAUAGAUGACACCCAGCAGCUGAAUGUGAGCACCUUAAAGCUUAUUUGUCCUGGUUCUCACAUGUGUUGCCAUGGCAGCAGAAAGUUAAAGUCACCGUUACCAGGACACUGAGAGAGCGUGAAAGCGAGAGAAAUCAAAAUCCUUCAGUCGCUGUAAUUUGACCCCUUGCGAAUCUGCUUUCAGAGAGAAUAAUGACAGAAAGCAGAGGGAGAUAUGCCGCGAUGGAGUGUCAGGUUCUCAGCAGAAUGUCACUUUUUGCAGUUUGUGUUGCCGAGGCACGGUAAAGUUAAGGGUUUUUGUUAAGCUGACAGAGCAGAGAGAAGUCAGUCAGAGGUAAGAGCACUUAGUUUACGAAAAUAAAGGAGCUGGAUCGAGGACUAAAAGGUGCUAUUUUCCCCCUUUUUGCUGGAAAGUAUACCAUUUUAUUAGACAGGACCAUUUAAAGAUGCAAAAUUUGUGGCUUUUGCAUAAUUUGUGUUUUUUGAGUGAGUCUGAAAUUUCAGCCUAAGGAACAAAUUCACUUUGUGUCCCAAGAGCCAAACGUUAUCGAGAUUUCACAGUUUUUGCAUUUGUGAGUGUUUUUAACCGUUGUCGAUUUCAUAGGAGAUAAAUUAAAUGAAGGGAAUUGAAGUCCUAAAUGCUUUCCUUCCCCUUCAAUUCACACCCUAAUGCCACUGAUGUUAACAGGGAUCGUUGUGGGUUCCUAGUGUCGCUCAAGGACACUUUGGCACCUGGGCAGGUGGAACAGGAGGGACCACCGACCCUACAAUUAGAGGACAAUCACCAUUUUACCUGCUGAGGCACAGCAGGUAGAGCAGUUCUCCAUCUGUCCCCUUUCUGAGGAGAACCAAGGUGGAAAGAACAUUCAGAAACUAAAGACUCAGCUUGGUCCGGUUCAGUCCCCCUGAUAAGGUUUUAGUGUCUCUGAUGAUGUUUGUCGUUUUCUCGUGUCCGGCUCUUUGUGUUUUGUUGGCGUUGCUGAUUGGAUCUUGUUUCUGUUUCACACUUUUCUAUUAUUCAUGAUCUCAUUUAUAUUUAUGUAAAACACUGCUGUAAGAGAGGCUGUUUUUUCUGCAGUCGACCAGGACAGACUUCUCAAAUUUUUAGAUUGGGAGCCUUAAACAGGUGCGAUAAAUACUAAUAUUCAUCCGUGGAUAGGAGAGAAAUAUCUAGUUUUACAACUUUGUCUCUCUGACUGCAUCACCGUUAUCCUGUAACAGUUGUGAAUAAACUAUUGAGGAGUCUAAGAACCAAGCAUUUUAGAUUUGACCUGAGACCAACCAGAAACAGAUGAACGUAUGUAACUUUGGGAUGUGUAAUAAACUCUAAAACAGCGUUUGCGUCUGUUAGGGCUGGGCGAUAUGGCCUCAAAUCAAUAUCAUGAUAUAUUGAGCAAUUCACCUCGAUGAAAAUAAUGAUAAAUGGACGAUAACUACUCCAGAAGCUGCUCACCCCCUCCCACAUCAACUUCAUUUACUUCAGCUGCAGCUCCAGCCGCUACAACUUUUGAACCGCCCUCCAUCUCCUCACCUGUCUUUCCCUCUUUGUUACGGACUGGAUGGGGUAGAGUCAUGUCUCUGACGUAGGACACACAUCCAAAACCAACUUUUUAUAAUUUAUUUACAAGGAUUAUACCGAUAUGGGCAAAAUGAUGUCGGUAAAUUAUCCCCCAACCCUAGCGUCUGUCACAUUAUCCGGCUGGAGGUCAUGAAAUUCUGACCCCUGGCUGCACAGAAAUGCAUGAUAACAUCUAUUCCCAGAGGCGCAGAACACAUAUCGUAGUUGGACAUUGAUGGACAGUUUAAAAAUUGACCAAUUGUCCAAUACUGCGAACACUAUCCUAAACAGGAAGUGCACUCCUCUCUCCAGCAGCCUCUCCAGUUCUUCUCACUUCACUUUGACACUUAACUCAUCAAUUUUCUUUUUUGGAUAAUUUUUCUCAAUUUAAUGUUGAGAUUUUCCUGCAUCUUGGCACUUUAAUUUGACUUUCAUCAGAGUCAAUGAAACUAAUGACAUUAAAAGAGCUGAUGUUCCAGCAACCACUUAAAUGCAGCAAUUAGGGGACGUUAGUUGCCACAUCUGUCUGAUAGGGCAGAAAUAUUUGCUGUGAAAGAUGUGCAGAGCCAUCGGGCUGCAGAGUAGCCUCAGAAUCAGCACAUGAAUACCUUGAAUAAUGUACAGGAAAUCACGAUUGAGUAAAGCAGAGCUGUACUUUGUUCCGCCUAUGUGAUUUGUGAGUGUUUCCAGGUCCCAGUUCUGUCAGUAAAGCUCUGUAGUGUUCACACAAGCAGACCGUAAGGAUUACAAACAGCCCUCCUCACAGCUCGAGUUCUUACAAAGAGCUUCGUCAGUACAUCUCUGCUUCUUUUUAUCCUUACUCACCAGCUCUGCCCCCGUCCUCGGGGGAGACAGAAAUCCAAUAACACACCUUCACAGGGAAAAAAAAAACACUGAUGACGACACAGCUUCACUUCUAUACCGCUGCACGGCUCUGUAUGAAGCAGGCUGGCUGCUUUAUGUGGAGUACAGUCAGCAGUAAAAGGAAAGGUGGAGAUUUUUUGUUCUGAUAGAGGAAGAGAAAGAGGGGGGAUCCUUUGUGCGUCAACAAUCAGGUCAUUGUCAGGGCACUGAUUGAGCUGUAGACACGUAAAUGGAAGUCUAAGAGUGAGAGCAGAGCUGGUUUUACACAGCGGGCUUCACAAAGAGGAUCUGGACUGGGUUAACCCCUGAUUUUAACCAGUUUUAGGAUGGUGGUUCAAUUCUUGCCAGGGCCCAGAUGAAGGUCAGUAGGAGGAUUUCAGGGAAAAUAAAGGUAAAAAAGUUAGAGAUCAUCAGACAUCAUCUGGACUUAAGGUAGAAAAAGAUCAGUUUAUGACAAAGAGCAGCAAAUCAACCUCAGUUUUCAUCUUUCCUGCAGCAUCACUUGUUACUCUGACGAUAACCGUGUUUCUUUCUCAUACCCUCUACGAACUCUUUGAUGCACAAAUCUAUAUAAAACUAGCUAAAACUGUAUUGAACCUGCUCAUGGUUAAGCGUUUAUGUAUUCCUGUCAGGGGUUUCUACAAGCACCUACUGUCUGUCAAACAGCCUGUUUGUUCCUCAGUUACUGCCAACAGCUUUACAUUUUGAAUAACAAGUUGAGAUCCUCUUCUGCUGUACUUCUACAACCAAUGACCUUUACUUUAUAUUAAUACGAGCAUGAGAAAGACGCCCCAAUCAUAAAUCAUCUGUAUGUGUAAGUAUGGAGGCUGAAAAAGCUAAUCUAAACGAUGGUGUCCAAUGGAUACCUGUAUAAUUGUCCUAAAUUCCCCCCACUCUUGAACCCCUGAUGCUUUCCCACCAUCUGACUGCUCCAUACGUUCGUGGACAGCACUGGUGAUAAUUAACUUGUUUACAACACAAUUCAAUACAGUAUAACAUUUCUUGAUCCCCAAAGGGAAAUUCAUUAUAUUUGGAAGACUUGUGCUGAGUAGUAUGGGAAAAUAAAGAGGUUUGUAUUCAGCUAAAGUUGAGGCUUGCAAAUUGAGAUGCCCUCUGAAAACCCUGACAGACUGUGUUGUCUCUCUUUAUAUCAUUACUUUCAGCUGGGAGCAGCAGAAUUAGUAUGUAGAAGAAGCUGCAGUGUGCAUAAAACUGCUCAUCUAUUUCCACUUUCUUGUGUGGUUUGUGUUUUUCUGGCAUUUCCUGGGGACACUCUUUUCAUUUCCUCCUCCAAAUGUGAAGAGCUCUGACGGCGUCUGUGGUGACGGUUUAAUUAAUUAGUAUUCUUUGGCUCUCCUGUUGCCUGUUGUCUCCGUCUCUAUCUAUCGUCCUCUUCCCACAGCGCUCGUCUGUCUCAACUCUCUCUAAAAUAAUCCUCUGCUCACCACUGUACUCUAUCUCUGCUAUCGCAUUCUUCCUGUGCACUGUGACGUGUUAAAACAUGAUCGAACAGAGUUAAGUGCGUUGAUUUAAAAUGCAGGAAUAGGUUUAGGAUCAUUGUGGCCUUCAUUUUAUCACAUUACAGUUAAUUUCUGCAGACAAGACCUCAGGCAGUAAGAAGAUAUGACUUUGUUCCUUCCCACUUUGACUUUUCCAGUGCACAGACGCAUCAUUCAAAACCGGAUGCGCCCCACAUAAAUGCAAGGGAAAGCAUUCUCAAGCGACUUGAAUAAUAGCUAACAGCACUUCACAUUUAUAGUCAUAAUGUCAGUGGCAUUUAGGGCUGAGUCUGACUGGCCUACAAAUCCACUAAGAGCUAGCUUAUACCGUCCAAAAUACUGUGUGUGCAGGGGAGACAUGCACACACUGUGCUGAUUCCCCAGAGAAGCCGAACUCUGGCCGUCAUCGCUGGAGAAAUUUGUGAAAUUAAUUGAGCCAAUAUUCGGAUCAUUCGACAUCCCUUCCAAGUACAUUUAAAAAGCAGGAGUCUGGCCCAGAACAAAAUUAAAUUUGGCAAAGUUUCCCAAAACAGCAGAAUCCAAAGUGUGACUGUGCAUGGGCAGAGGCUGUUAACCAGUUUAUUUAUUCACCAAGUCUACCCAUGUGGUUCAAAUCCACAGCUCAAGCUUCACGUCAUGGAGGGAAAGGAGAAUAAAAUCAACAAGUGUUACUUUCUAAAUGCGUCAUUGUUUAAAAAUCUGCUAAAUGAAGACCACAUACCCAUACCUUACUAUUUUUAUUAUCAGGUAGGGAUGGUGCUACCUGACAAUGAAGAUUUCAUCCUUUACAACAAAAUCAUUAGCGCUGUAAAGUCUUAGUCGACUGGUUAAUUUAUUGGUCGAUGCGUGCUUAGUCGACCAAAAUUCUGAUUGGUCGACUUUUUCUGCUUCAAUUUACGGUCUAUGGUUCAUUUCGUCAGGAGGAACAUACCAACUACUAAUGGGGUAGUUUUUAGAGCACCCCCAUUUCACACCUGUCUCAGAAAACCCCCCUUGUUUUUACCAUUUUGGAUUCGCCCAACCCACUGGAGACCGGCUGGAGACAGGAAGAUUGAAAAGUGUCCACGUUAAUCAACGUCCGGUGGUUUGCUGAAUACUUAUUUUUAUUUUGAGCAUUUCAACUUUCAUUGUGUUUAAUUGCCUUCUUGUGCUGAUAUCAGGAUAUAUUCACCCCGCCAAGCCGCACUCCGCUGAGCCAUGUUGUCCCCCUGCUGCAGAAAAUUUUAGGGUUUUACUUGACCAAGAAUUUCUUUGGUCGAUUACAGCCAUAAAAAUCCUGAAUGUGUUGGUAGCAUCUUUGCACAGAAACUUUUGGAAGCUUCUAGCCUUUUGUUUGUGUCUUGUUUGCACAAGAUUAGCAAGUGCAAACGCCGUGCCAUAUUUUUGUGGAUCAAGCUCUUGGUGUUUCCCAAAAGUGACGGUGUGCUCGUGGCGGGUGUUUAUGUGAUUGAACAAAUGCACUACCAUACUUCAAGUGCUCUUUUUUUAAAGUCCUUAUUUACUAGUAGCAUCAUUUUAUGAAGCUGAUUCGUUUUCUCUUGAACUGCCCACGUAUCUCCUCUCCUCUCCCGGUGUGGCGAUCUCAGCUUCAUCCUGUCCACCGUCAGAUUAAAAGGAAAACACUGAAAAAAACUGAUGGACAAUUAGUCAACGAUCAAAGCCGUCCUCUCCACUCACUGCGCGCUGCUCUCAUUAGAGGUCCAUCCAGAGAGAGAAAUGAGCCUGUUUGAUCAAAGUGGCUUUUUGAAAGUAAACCUUGGAGUCUCACUGUCAGAGUCCUGCAUAAACGGACAAACCCACCACAGACAUACCAAACAGGUUAAUGAAGUUAUCUGUAUUCAUGUACUGCCCAACUCUGCCACUCUCUGUUUCCAAAUCAAACCUAAAAUAAGUAUAUGUGUUUGGAAGACAGGAGGUUUGAAUGCAGCUGUAGAUUCCUUUGUUGGAUGAAACGAUCACCGUCAGAGUCCCUGAUCGCCUCCUCUUUGAGCCUCCAUCUUUAUUAUUUCACUUGAUUUAUUUUCCUUUCAAAGCAAAAUCUUUGCUGUACCCUCUCGGGUGAAAACACACAUAUUUUUGUGAGUUUUUUUUUUAUUUUUAUUUUUUUUUCCAGAGGUAAUGACGAAUCAUCUGUCUUUGAAUUCAAAAGAAAACGUUGAAGUGCGGCUCUAUGGAUCGAUAAAGCAAACACAGCAGAAAAAUAAAGAGAUGGAAGCAGAAAGAGAGGGAACAAAGACGAGCUGAAAACGAAUAAGCACACAAAAUAACAAUAAACCUAAAAUGAGCAACACCUGCUUAUCACUGUUUCCAAGGUUACGAUCAACAGGCGGGUGUUCACCCACCUGUUUUAUAGAUGUUUUUAAUUGGUUCACGAAGAACAGUGUUGCAAAGAAUAACACUGGUGCAUUCAGAGUAUCAGUCACAAUAUGCUUUCAGCGAGAAUCAAAUCUGUUGAAAUGAUGAGGAGAGCCAGACCUCCCUGACAUUUGCACGUGGAGCCAUCAUGAAUCAGGCAUCGAUUUUUGGAUGACGACCAUGUCAUGAUGACCAAGAUUUUACUACGACAGCUGCUCUUUGUUUUGUGAAUAACAGCAAAGGAUCCUACAACUUAAACCACCUAAAAUCCACAUCUUAGAGGACCGGGAACUCAACGUUGGAAAAUGAUUCUCAGCAUGAAAAACCUGCAUAAGUGUGAGAAAAUAAUGACUAAACUGAAUGAAAUUAAUGAAAUAUCAGUUUGCGGUGUGAAUUUCUACAUCCGGACUCAAAUUUGGGGUUUGAUCCAGGCUGCCGCGAGAGGGUCUUUGUUCAGGCUGGUCCCUGGAGGCUGGCCAUCCUCCAGUGAAUACAGGAGGACUGAAGCGAAGGCUGAGGAGACUUUGUUAGAGGAAGGAGGAAAGAGACAAGGAGUCAGCAGGUCAAAGGUAAAUCUCUUCUGUCAGCUUUCUGCUCCAUCAAGUAGCUUCAGUAAAUAUUGAGCUGUCAGAUCAAAAGUGACAAGCGUGACCCCCUCACCGCUUCAUCUGAACAUUUAACAAAGAAGGAAAUCACCGGCCCGCCCAGUGGACCUCUCCUGGGUGGCUGAAGCUGAGAUAAACCCCCAGAAAACAACCUGAUGCAGUAGUUUUUCUGUGUGUGUGUGCAAAACAGACAAACCUGUGUUCCUCCACCUCCUGGAGGCAGUCAAGAUGUCAAGAUAUGAGCCCAGAGAACGCAGACUUAGAUGAGAUUGGAUCGAUUUUCUGUCGGUUGAAUCAGUGGAUUGUCAGAACGCCUUGAAAGAGACGGUCAGGGGAAAAAAUAAAAGCCUGCAAGAGGACGUUUCUACAAGACAGAGGCUGGAAAAAAAAAUCAAUUCCUGGGAGUUGUUGUCUGCUUUGGGCUAACAGGCAGGGAGGUGUGUGUGUGAAUGUGUGUGUGUGUGUGUGUGUGUGUGUGUGUGUGUGUGUGUGUGUGUGUGUGUGUGUGUGUGUGUGUGUGUGUGUGUGUGUGUGUGUGUGUGUAUAAACCUGCAGCACAGCGCUGUCACGCUGUCCUCAGAGGACCACCAGGAAACACUUACACAGCACUUCAUAGAGCUGUUAUAUGAUGAGUUUCAUGUGACUGAUCUGUGAAAAGUCUCAAAGAGGGAGGACACGGCUGAAAACUUUUACUUAGGCUUUUUCAAUUUAAAUUGAGGUUGUAUAUUUCAGUCCAGUAAUGCGCAGUUUCUGUGCAGAUUUGAAGCUCUCUCCUGCACUGUGUUUUGACCAUGCCUUGCACUCUUCUUAGAUGGCAACUGUUUAGAGUUUUCAUAUUCUGAAUCCCCAAAAAGAGAACAUCACUACGCAGGGACGGAGUUGCAUGUAGUUAGUUUUGUCGGGUUAGAUUGAGUGUUUGUUACACGCUUCUAACUCAGUAAGUCCAUGCGACACAAACUCAAAACUUCCUUACAAAUCCCAAGACAUUUGAACAUUUUGUAUAAACUCCCCCAGACAAGGACAGACGGCCCCCAAAAAAGAGGACAUGUCCACGUAAAAGAGGACAUACGGUCACCCUACAACUGGUGUGAUUUGGAGUUGUAUAAUAAAGAUUGAUUAGUUGAUCAAUAAUUUUAGAGACUGACAGCAAAUAGCUCAAUUUCCACCUUCAUGUAGAAGAAAGUAAAACGGUGACUCCCGUACUGGCAUCAACAUCAGACUCCGACAAGUUAAAAGAAACCCACACUCAGAGACAGGGAGGCCUGUGCUGCUAAUGCUGGCUGUAUAGAUUGAAAUAAACAUGGAAACAGAAAUUAAAACAAAGUAAAAUCUAUGACUCGCUGAAUAUUUAUUUAUAACAACAACAACAAAAAAAAGUGAAACGUUUAACUUGCAGGUUUGUGAACACUGGUGAACAGUAAGACUAUUUAGAGUUUACAUUUUGAUGGUUAUUGUUGUACAAAAAACACAGUGUGAUAUACAGUCCGGAUUUAAAUGAAGGCUCAGUCAAAAUAAAUUUGCUCUAUGGCUUUCUCAUUAUAAAGAGACUCAAGUUAUUAGAGAGUCAUUUCAGCCCUGCUUUUAUGUCUGAUUCAUAGUAGAGUUGUAUUAAUCAUUUGCAUGUAUGAAUUAUAACACACAUUAAGAAGUCCUUCUCUUAAGCCAAACACUGUUGGACAUCAGUGGGCAGAGGCCUUUUUGCUGCAUAUUCUCAGCUUUAGAUCUGAAGCGUGACAGUCAAAGUUAUAUUGUGCAUCAUUGCUUCUGAUACAUUUUCACAUUGAUUCAGACAUUCUCAAACUGAAGCAGCUGUCAUAUCAGAUCAGCCAUCUGUGAUGAACACCCACCACGUCUUAUCGACAACUGCAGCUGUCAGCCACUCAAAUCAGCCAGUUAGCAGCUCAGGUUUGAGCCUCACUGUAGCUGAGACUGAAAGCUGUCUGUAACACAUAGCAGAAGACAAAUGCUCCAAUUCCAGUCCUCUUUGACAGCGUGCUGUAAAUUAUGAUGUAUCUGUGCGUAAAAAAUUACACUGAACUAACACGUCUCACAUAUGUUUAUGGGGUAAGUACUGUGAGAAAUCACAACACAUUCAGAAAAAUACCAACAUGGGUUCUGUAGUGUGGCUUUUAAGAACUUAAUGUACCAAAAGUAUAAAAGUUGUACCGGAUUUUUUUUUUUUUUUACAGUAUGCAUAUUUUUAGCCUUGCAAAGUUAUUUCUUUUGUCUAACUGGCUACAACCAGAACUGUUCCGCUGUUUCCCCUAGAAUUAUUUUUAGUCGUUACGUUCAUGUUACGUUAUCCGCAUAGACUGUAUAUACUAUGGUUGGUUCCGCCUCCCACCUGUAUACGGAUUUGAAGCCAAAUAGCUCUCUGUAUUUGCAGGAUUUUUCUUCAUUUCCUGAAACCAGCACUGCGCAGUAGAGCAGCAGCAAAGACCCCCAAAUUACACAGCAGAACGGGCAUCAGUGUUAAUAUGACACUGGUAAAAUUACUCGGGAUUUCCACCGCAUUUCGUGGCAGAUUACGGACAGCAGAAAUCACGAGAUUUCACAAGAACCUGCGAAUUCACGUACAUGCACAUGAUAACAAGUUGUCUUCAGCCACAUAGGCUAACCAUAUAAGCAGUAGAUUGUGUCCUUCCAGAGGAGGAAAUCUACUUCUGGACUUAUAAAAUCAGCAUCUCUUCAUCUCUUGUGUCAUCGGGAUGAAAUGCUGUCUAUAAACCUUUCACUUGUUAGUCCCCGCCCGUUGAUCCGCCUGAAACACAGAUUGUUUAAUUUGAAAAGAGGCCAGAUGUUUUAUUUUGUGUCUGUGCACGACUUCCUUUCCAGCACAGGUUAAUCUCUGCUGAAUUUAUCUGGCAUGCUCUGGCGUCCGGAAAAAAUAGAACUCUUGCGAUUAGCUGCAGAGUCCAGCGAGCCACAACGGAACGGAAAAAUUGACACGUUGACUUGAAUGGCUACGAUCAGCCGAUACGGCCUUUUCGUAGCUGUUCCGGAUGCUAUGGAAAUUGCCCGUUAGACACAGCUUCAAUAGGGGGAGCUGGAGUGAUGAGGAAAGGCAUUAGCACAGUCCCGCAAGGUACAGAAGAGAACAGGUAUCAGUGACAGUCUCUGGGCAGGAAGAGCAGGGCCUUGGUCUGAGGCAGGGAGAGCAGCAAGAGUUGGCCAUGCUUUAGCAAUUAAAACAGAAUACCCAUUUUGACAUUUGCCAGUUGGAUGCUGCCUAAUCUACAAUGGGCCAAGCUUGACUUUUUUGGCCUGCCUGAACUAACUCUGUGCUCAAUUACUUGACUGAAAAAGCCUUUUUAUUUGUGUUAUAUCAGUCAUGUGUCGAGGAUAAGGACUCUCCAGAGUACUUCACAGUUCUUUGUGGUCUGGGUCAGUACAGGCUGAGUGUCUAUACAUUGAAAUGGAAACACUCUGUCGACCUACAGACAGCAUUUCUGUGGGCUGAAGCUUCUCACUCACUCUGUGGGCUUUCUCUUCCACUCUGGAGCCAAAUCAGUCUCUGUCCUUGAUCAGUAAAUUACUGCCCUUCACACUCCCCACCGAGCACAGCUUUAUUAUGGACUCUUAGUCACUCUCUGCACUUUCACUGCCUCGUUUUGUUGACUGGUCUUUCCCUCUUUUUGUCAACCUUUUUCUCACAAAUUUCCUCUCCUUUCCAGCUUUUUUCUGCAGCCUUUUAAACCCUCCUUCUUCAGUUUUCAUGGGUACCUUUUCUUUCUGUGUCUGUCUCAUUCCACUUACUAUUUGUCACCCUCUUCAGUUUCUGUCGUUUUCUUUUUCAAAGAGCUAAAUAUAGGUAGACAAAAUAAAGCUCGACUCCCUCGACUCUAAAGUCACUUCAUCAGAAAUACAAACAGCUGUUAAUUGGUGAGUCAGAUAAGGUUGAAAGCUAAUUAGCAGCAUUUAUCAGCUGUAAAAAGGUUCAUGUAAUUAGCACUUUGAUAUGUGAGGUCUCUUUGACGCAGCACUAAGUGAAUCCCCGAGCUGCAGAGGUCAAAUAUCUGUACCCGUGUCAGUCCAAAUAGUAUUUACGGUGUCACAGGGAUCAGCCUGGAAAGUCACUUCUUUUUCAGUGAAUCAGCCAAACAAUUGGGAACCAUUUAGCAGUUACAGCUCUUCCAAUGUGAGAACUUGUUGCCUUUCCUAGUCUGGCUAAACUCUCAGAAAUGAUUAGCUUUGAAUAGACUGUACGCUCUGCCUCCCCCUAUUGCUUCAGUUUCAUGAGCAAAGAAAAGAAACAGGGGUAAGGGUCUGUAUUUGGACAUGAAAAAGAGGGCAGAGAGGGCAACAUUUGUGUAAUCUGGUCAUGCUGCCAAAUGAAGAAGUAUAUAAAAGCUCCAUGUGUUCAGAAAUGGGGAAAAAACUUGUUUGCGAAGAUUUUUGAAGUCCUCUGUUUCCAUUUUUUCUUCUACUUCAGGAACUUUUUGUCCCACCGUGUCCUGUCUUCAUGACUCCACCUCCCUCAGCUCCCCACGACCCAGUCAGAGCAGUAACGAGCUGCAGGUCCAAUCAAACGGCCGAUUAAAUCCCAUUCAGAGAGCAGCUUUAUAAUCUCAGUGCAGCCGAUGUUAUCUGGGUCAAAGUGCUCCAGGCUCCCUCACAGCAUACAGAUCUGAGUUCUUCUACUUUACCUUCGUCCACAUCCUGAUUCUCUUCAGUACAAAAGGACUGAGACGGAAAAUCCCCGCAGUGGUAAUUAACAGGGUUCAGUGAAGGUAUCAGAGGUUGUCUUUGUGGGCAGUGUGUCUUUAAACUUUUCUAGAAGGAGUCCAGAGCCACGAGACAUCCAUCAGAUAAUUUCGACACUUUCACCGCACUGAUACAUCAUUUUUUAUUCCAGCCUGCAAACCACAGUGAUGAGAGUUUGAGUAAUGACAUUAAACUUUGAAGGACUACACAGAGAGACCAUCAGCUCUGAAAAUUCCCACUUUGACCCUGCCAAUUUUUAAUGCUAGAUUGUGUCGGAUGCCAGAACAUUUCACUGAGUCAUCCAUUCAAUCUGUCACUUUAAUUAACCCUCAUUUAUAUUCAGGUUAGGGCUGUAUCUUCAUUAAUUUUCAUGCUUACAGCAUCUUCUUUCACAGUAUUUGUAAUCCAGUAAAAUGUUUGUUCUCCUGUUUAAAUUUAACACUCCCAACUAAAGGUUCAUUUUUAGGCGUUCUUGAGCUCUUACAACCAAAUCACAUUUAGUCCUCAGUGGCAGAUUGUGUUUGGUUCGCAAGUCAAAAUAUCAUUGUUUUUUUAUUAUUUCAAUUUCAUGCUAACAGAAGGGGGAACGUCUGAGUUGCAUUUAAUGGCGUACACCAUAUGUUGUUAGUAUUUCUCUGAAAAAACAGUGUUAUUAACAGCAGAGUGGAGUCUGAUACAAUCUCAGGGCAUCUCUGAAGCAUUUAGGCUUAAUUUCCAGGGAACCAUACAUGUUGGAGCCAACCCUAACAGCAGUUCAUCCGUUAAUUGUUGAAUUAUCGUCGUGUUGUAUGGUGGGUUUGUUAAUUAAGCCUAAGUGCUAAUUAAGUGCUAGGGGCAUUCUUGUAGUCCAUCAGCUAUCAUCUGGGCCAGGUUUUUCCACUUCUGAAAGAAAUGCUAGGCUCAAGUCUUCAAGUUAGAUUUAAAAGGACCACAUCUAGUGAGAAAGUAUCUCACUAUGUAGCAGCUUUUGUUGUGACAUUAUUCAAUUUUUAGUCUGUCCUCCAGUUGUUUGAGUCCUUUCUUACAGGAAGGUCUUUUAGAGCAUCGUGGAGGGGAGGCAUGUCCAAACCAUAAUACUUACCAAUGGGAUGCCUCAAGGCUCAGUGUCAAGUCCCCUCCUUUUCUCAAUAAAUACCACCUCACUUGGUGCAAAUAUCUGCUCUCGUGGUUUUUCAUAUCACUGCUAUGUAGAUGAUACCCAGCUCUUCCUGUCACCAGAUGACAAGAUUGUUAAGCCCCAACUUUAUCGUGUGUCGCUGAUAUUUCUAAAUGGAUGAAGAAAUGCCACCUUCACCUCAAACUGUCCAAAACUUGUCAUCCGAGCCAGUCCCUCCAUUUUACCACAGAUCGAGAUCCAGCUUGUAUCAAAUGAACUAAUGCCAAUGAAGUCAUAGGGAUGUCAUGACGGAUGACCAACUAAUCUUCAGGUUCAUGUGGCUUUGAUUGUUCAGUCAUGCCAAUUCGCCCUCUGUAACAUUAGGAUCAGAUCCUAUCUGACAGAGCACACAGCACAGCUCCUGGUACAAGCUCUCCUAAUAUCACUCAUUGACUACUGGAACUCCUAACUGGCAGGCCUACCUGUACACAGUCAAACCUCUGCAAAUGGUCCAGAAUUAAAGCAGCUGGUCUGGUUUUUAACCAGCUCAAAACAGCCGGUCACUCUACUGCUCAAAUCUGUGCACUGGCUUUCAGUAUCAGCCCACAUCAAAUGCAGUAUAAAGCCCUACUAUGUGCUCACAAAAUCAGCUCCUGUCUACCUGCACUCCUUCCUGCUCACUACACUCGACCAAUGAAAGGCGCCUGGUCCUCCCAUUUCAACAAAACCUCAGGUCAAUGACCAGACUCCUCUCCCCUGUAGUCCACAAUGGUCGAAUGAGUUACCCAACCCAUUUUGAUCGAACCAGUCCUUUCUACUUCCAAGACACUUUUAAUUUCUUAAUUAUCCAUCUAUCUGCUGCUAAUGAUGGUGGUUCCAUGCUGAUGAUAUAUUGUGGAGUUGGUGGGGUGAUGAUGAUACUAUGUUAUUAACACACCCUGGACACACACCCUCUUAGCAGAACUCUAUCCACUCACACUUGAGGCAGUUUGUGUGUCAAGUUAUUUCCUUCCAUCUAUAUCUUUGCUUCAGUUGAACUUUCUUUCUGAUGUAGAUGCGGAUCACUUUGGACAAAAGCACCUUCUACUUUAAACUGUAACAUUAAAACUAGUGUUGUCAAGUGAUUAAAAUAUUUAAUCAGGUUAAUCACAGGGUUGUUGUGGAUUAAUUUCGAUUAAUCGCAAUUAAAUCUGUAUGAAUUCCCAACUACAUGCCUUGUGUUCAUGUGGUGUUUCACGAUAGAAGAACUUAAUGUUGGCCGACGGUUCCAUCAUGGUUUUUCUCUGUACUCCAAUUUUUUAUCGAUAAAGCGAACAUGCUGUUUACCGUCUUCCAUAUUGCAGCCUGUCACUACCGGAUAAACUGCCAAUUUGCUCAUGCAAGAUGUUUCAGGAAUUUUGUGUCAUUCUGCACUGCAGGUGGGUUAAUUGAGUAAAAAAAUUUAAUCAGAUUCAUCACGAUGAUGGAUUAAUAUGCGUUAACGCGUCAAUUUUGACAGCCCCAAUUAAACAUAUGUACGUGUAACUGGACAUAAAUUCACAGAACCUUAAACUCUGAGGACUGAGAACAGCAGCUGUGAUCAUGUUGCUCCCUACAAACAGAUAAUUGUGUUCACUCCUAAUGAACUCUUUCUCCGGGUGGCUAAUUAUUACCUUCUGAGGGCACAUUUGUAGGGCAUGAGCCUCUGUGUAACAGGUGCAGCCUCCUGCAGAUUUUCACCGACUCUACUGCAUCCUGUUGCCAAGCUUCAAAGCCAGAACUUCUGAGCACGCUCACUUUGAAACUCGUUUACAAAAAUAACCUUCCCUUCAACCUCCGCCUCACCUGAGCCUCCACAUCCCACCUUUAGCAUCUUUUUUUUGCACACUUGAGGGAGUGAUGUCAGCCAUGAAGUUGAAUUUGACUUUGCGCUUUGGCCUGAAAGUGAAAAGCUGUCCUGUAGCUGGCAUGGACUGAGCUGGUAGUUUAUCAGCAUUAUUAAAAGGCAGCGGCAAACGGCAUCACUGUCAGCCUUCGGCCCGUCGGAUCCCCGAGGAGCGCUAACAAGCGAGCAGACAGCUCCAUCAGUCUGUCCUGCUGUUUCAUCCUCUCAUUUAGAAAAGGACACAUGCAGAUGGGCCAAACAUCACUUCAUCUAACGUCAUUAUCUCUGAACCAGUCUGUCCUGUUUUAUUUGACUUCUCUUCUUCUGGUUCAACUUUUUGUCCUCUGUCCAACGCAACAAUGAGGAUGAACAUGAUGCCACCAUCGGAGAAGCCCCCUCCAUACAUUGAGCCUACUUUAGACUGGACGUGUCUUUAUCAUGAGUCAAAGGGAAACAACAGUCCAAAGACAGUCCUGUUUUAUUUUGUAGUAGUCACUCCUUGUUGUGUCUAGUCUAAUUUUACUUACCGUGUUUUUCCUCCUCAGUGAUUGUCUGCACUUGUGUCCCAGAGUCUCACCUGCGUCUUGUUACUUGUUACCCUGUCUAUUUAGUCCCAGUGUAGCCUUCCCUCUUUGCUGGUUCAUUGUGUCAAUUUGUGUUUGUUCAUGUAACCCUGCCUGAUCUCCUUGUGGUUUUCCCCAGUGCCUUUGAUUCCUUGGAUUUUCUUCUCCAGUUGUCUUUGGAUUUGGAUUUUUUUUCAGUUGGGCAUUUUCUUUCCAAGAAAGUUUUAGUUGUUCCUAGUUUACUCCUUUAUUUAAUAAAUUAUUUGGAGCUCUGCACACUUGUGUUUUUGUUAAAGGUAUGGUUGACGAUCUGAGAAGCAGUUGAAAAAAACUGAGCCGUUGAGGCAGAUUUGAAAAAAGCAUCCCACCCCCCACACACAAACCUCUCCCCUCUGUGCUCCACAAUAACUCCCCCCUAAACCUGUAUCGCCCUCCCGCGACACACCCCCUUUGGCAGAGCAAGUAGCCGGCCGGCAGAAGAUCCUACGCUAGCUUCAAAUAGGAUUCAUCAUGUCCGAUUGCUAGUGACUAGCAGCAGUAAACGCCAGCUCUGCUAGUGAGCACCGUCUGCAGCUGCUUGGACAGCUACCGUGUUGACAUGGCAGAGACUAAUGAGAGUUAUUUAUGUAACAUGUGCCACGAUAAAAGGAAAAAAUUACCUGUUCAAUAAAAACUCUGUUGUCUCGGCAUCUGUUUUCAGGCCCAAAUCCUGGUGGAGCUUUCUCCAUCGCUCGAAGGAUGACCUGAGUUAGAUUCCUAGCUUUGUCACAUUUCCUCUUCGACUCUGCCCUUUCUUCGGUCGGUUUGCGUUUUCUUAGCACUUUUGGCGGUGGGGCAAGCAGAAGUGUUUCUUUUUUUUUUUUCGUCCUUCUCCAUCGCAGCUCUCGUAGCUAAGCUGCUACGCUACUUUUAGCCGCUCAGCGCUCCGAAGAGCGCCAGGAGAGUGGGAGGGGACGAGUCAGAACUACAGGAGAGAGGUGUGUCAAAUACAGCGAGGUGAUUGGAUGGAGAUGCGGAGCAGGAGAUUGACCAGUAGGAGCUGUCUGGGACGGAUGGCUCCCAUUGGUUAACAUUUUUGCAGCCCUGCACCUGCUAGAGUGAACGGAUUUUUUCCAUUCCUUUUUCUCUUCACUUUGUGGAGAUUGCACUAUAGGACCAUGAUAGGACCAUAUAAACGAGGUUCGUAAGAAUUACCAAUCUCUCCAAUGGUUAAUCAUGCCUUUAAUACCUAACAACAUAGAGGUUUUGACGUGGAGCUGUUUAAGUGAACAGCAGCAAAAAUAGCAAAGGUUGAAUAUCAGUGAUUAGUUUGUCAUUGCUUGUCUUUGUCAUAUCAAUAAAGGUCUCUACAGUUUUUUUGACAGUGUCACAUCACUGGUCUUAUUGCAGGUGUUAGCACUUUUUCAGCUGACCUCAGACUCUGAACUGAGGCAGUAUGACUUGCCGCACCGUGGUGAGGUUUCUAAAGCAGGUUGCGUGUCAGGAGACCGGCAGUCCCUGCUCAGUGUCAGGUUUUUAUGUUCCUGUCUCCUGCCCCUGUGGACAGGUAGUUUGUGUGUUUUCUCCACAGACGCUCCAUCACAGCUCCCACCAGGUUUUUGUUCCAGUUAUUGAUUUUUGCUGUCCAUUGAUUCCGUCUCAUGGCUUCAUAAAUUCUUUGGGCUUCUGACUGUUUGACAGGCUUGGGAUUAAAGUAAGAAUAUCCUGGACUCCUGGGCUCCUUUUAACUAACCUGACUGACAUAAAGCACCUCCACCUCCUGGAUGCUGUUUUAUGUGUUUGUCAAAGGGGACUGCUGGUAAUGGCUGUUUAGAAAGCUGAAGAUCUACACAAUCACACAUAGAGGUAAAUAAAUGCCCCACACAGCUGAGUGUAAAACUUCAGGCUGAGGGUAGUUUGAGGAGAUUUCUGCAUCACUGCAGCAGGAAACAGAUGAGAAUAAGUCAAAAUGCAGGAUAUGUUAUAGAGCUUUAAUAUGAGAGUGAGCGUUGGACCACAUAAAGUAUGAACCGGGCUCACUUUAAUCUACUUUGCAGUAAAAAUAAAGUACAAAUCAACGGUCAUGUUGUGGUUUGAACUACUUGUUUACUGCAUCUCUAGGGGUGUGCCAUCUUAGGUACCUCAUGAUUCGAUUCAAUUACAAUUGAGGGUGCAACGAUUCAAUGGUUAAAUGAUUGUAACAACUUUUUCAAUUAUCAUGACUAUCACAAUUAUUUAAGUAACUAUUAUUAUGAUUAUUGUGAUUAUCACGAUUAUUGAUGCAUCUUUUUCGCCAUACAAGAUUUCUUUUGAACAAGUUAAAUUUGUCAGCAUCCAUUCAACAAAAUAACCAAAUCCACCUCUCUCUCUCGGUCGUCCUCAGACAAGCUUCCAUCACAGUCUCCAGUCCUCCCGAUUCUCCAUACACCCGGCCAGCUCCAUAGAGCUUUUAGCUCCCGCAUCGUUCUUCAGGACGUCUACAUACGUUAGCGCUGAACGUCUUCACGAACAGUGCCUGUGUGUUGGUUCCCAUAGGACCAGCCUGCUGGCCGGGAGCUCCUGAUGUCUAUGGCAGUGUCCGGCACGCCUCAUCCUCCUAGAUACUACCUUCUUGCUGAGCCUUGGCAGCUGCCCUUACAGGUCCUUGUUGGUAAUGUGGAUGUUCUGGUCCACAUUCAGAACAGCUCGUAGUAUUCUGGUGUAGCACCCAUCCAGGGACUUCGGCAGGGUGGGUGUCAGGGUCCAGCUUUCAAAGCCAUUCAUGAGGACGGACUCCACAGUGGCGUGAAAUAGGUUCAGCUUUAUGUGUCUCGAGAGAUUCAAGCACCACAGUCUUGACAUACCGUUCAGGGCCUUCCAGGCAAGUGCCUUCCUGACUUUAAGGUCCUGUUCAGUGGAGUUCACCCAGGAACCCAAGUAUCUGAAGUCAUUGACCUCUUGCAGAGCGUUGCCAUCUGAGGUUGUAAUCGGCGGAUGGUCCACAGAGUUAUAGGUGUUUAUCAUGUUUAUUUUUCGUAGACCAAUGAUCAAAUACUUUUUCACAACAAAAAGCUCCUUUUAUCACAUAAAGCACUAUAACCAUUAUCUUGUUCAGCCUUAUUCUGAUGUAACAUAAAGAAGAAUAACAACUUCACCUCAGUGGUAACGACUUCUAAACAAAGUAUAGCAUCAAACAACAAUAUAACAUUUUGCUAUCCACAACCAAAAGCAGCUUAAAAUCUAAAUAGGUGGCAGAUGAACAGGAUUAGAAUGCAAUGAAUUCAAUCUUUCACAUAAAAUGAAGUAGAAGAAAAAUAACUUUAUUGAUCCCUAAAGUGAAAUUCCACCUCACACUGGAUUUCAAACUUAAAGCCUGAACUUACGCUCAUUGACAGCAACCAGCCAGUUAGCUGCCACUAUGUUGGCUAACAGUAUGUUAUGAGUCUGUCCCUCAAAACUGUCAGGGCGGCUUUUUUGGUUCCGGCCAACUUCUGGGUGCUGGAAUAACCGAUUCUGAAUAUUUGCUUUAAUCAUCAAUCGUCACGUGUCGCAUCGCAAUGUAUCGAAGAAUUGAUGUAUUGGUCCGAUACUUGCUGAUGCUAGCUGAUAAAAUACAUUCAGACGGUUCCACCCAGUGAAGUCAAAACAUUCUUUGUCUGAAUCCUUUGUAGCGCGUUGGCUGUUACAUGAUGUUCACACACUAACUGGUAUAUGUUGAAGUGUUUCAUAGAUGUUAAGUUUGUGAAAGUUUGAUAGAUAAGGAAGUUUGCAAUCUUAAGAAGACUAUCCCACGAUAUGUUAGGCUAAUGCUUGCUUAUCUGUGGUGAACGUUACCGUUAGUGUUCAUAUUUGAUUGUUACGCAACUGAGCACAAAGUAAAAACACGUCAUUUUACUGAUCAAGACAAAAGUCAAAUCUGAGUUUUACUCUUAUUUAUGUAUUGAAUUUCUUUUGGUUUCUGACUUAAACUUAAAAAACAACAUUUAAAUUCAACAUUUCAUGCAGAAGAAAAAAGAAAUACACAUUUUUCAUUAUUUUCUGACAUUUACAGAUUGGAUAAUCAGUGAUUGGACAGCACAUAGAUGAAUCUCUGGACGUCACUGUAAUAAGUCAGUCACAGUCCGCAGCUCCACUGGCUCAUAUCUCAGCGCUGCUGGGACCUGGGAACAGAAAUCUUUCCACUAUGUCUUGAGUUUUGGUUUCUUUUCUGCUGUAAAACAAGCAAGUCUGCAUACUAAUCAAAAGCGCAGGCAGCAAAUGGAUUUUGCACUGUUUAAUUCACAUUCUGAAUCGGGUAAAUCCUUCAUGAAAUAAGACUUAAUUCCCUCAGUUGCAGCUUCAUUUAAUUUCAUGUUUCUCCCAGUUUGUUGGUUUUUAAAGGAUCAGCCGACCUCUCCAAGCGGUGAAAUGUGCUGCAGAGACAGUACGUCUCAACAUCUAGCAUGUGUGCAUGGAUAGAGAGAUAGAUAAUUAUCAUUUUAAUGAUGAUCUGCAGAUUCACGUCACACUGCAGUCCACCCUCCACGUGUUGGCUCUCAUGAAAUCUGUCCUUUCCAUCUUGUUGACAGCCUCCGCAGCAGAAAGUGUGAAUAUAUGAGACCCCAGAGUCAGGCUGCCUGCUGGGACUUCCUAAUGAUAGCCUUAAUGGCAACAAAAUGCAUAUAUAUAUGGAGAGUAAAUGUGCUGUAUGUUCCCUUCAUUACCAAGUAAAACUUAAGUUUGUAGCAUUGAUUGAGUUCUGUUUUUCCAGACUGAAAAUUGAAACCAAUGGAAAAGUGCCUGCUGGACAUAAAAAGUGCACACUUUUUGUGGCCAGCAGGGGGCGACCGCUCUUUUGUGGUAGUCAGUUCAGUUAGAUAUAAGCCCAAGAGAAAACCCUGCACAACAGUGGUUAACUUUUUCUUGCACAGUGACACUUUAUAUACGGUGACCAUACGUCCUCUUUUACUCGGACAUGUCCUCUUUUUUCAGGGCUGUCCAGGUUUGUCCAGGGAAGUUUAUAAAAUCCUUCGGUUUUGUACGUAAGUUUCGAUUUCGUGUCACGUGGACUUACUGAGUUAGAAGCGCGUAAGACACUCGAUCCGACCCGCAACAAAAAAGCUGGUAGUCGUGUCCUCUUUUCGAGAAGUCAGAAUAUGGUCACCCUACUUUAGAGCUAGUUCAGGCCAACAUUUAUAAAGUUGUUUGCUGACUCGCUUUGGGUGAAACAGAUAAUCUGACUUUCUCGCUUACUUUCCUCCAAACCAGCUUCUUUUAUUUCUUUUUCCAUUAAAAACAAAACAAAAAAAGUCGUCUCGUAAAGUUGUGUGGGUUCUGUCAGGUACUUCCUCCCACAGUCACAGUUGGUCACUCUAAAUUGCCUGUAGAUGUGGGUGUGUGCAUGAACGGUUGUCAGUCUCAGAGUGCCAGCCCUGUGAUGGACUGGGGACAUGCCCAGAGUGUACCCUGCCUCUCACCCAAUGGCAGCCAUGAUUGACUUCAGCCCCUCCCCAACCACAAGGGGAAAAAUGGUAAAGAUGAUGGAUGAAUGGAUAGUCCAUCUUUUUUGACCUCUCCGCGCAGUUAUUGCAGCAUGAACAACUUACAUACAUCUGAUUUCACAGAGCGACACCUUUCCAUCCUGGUUUGGUAAACGUGCGCCAGAUGAAGUCAGUCCGCUGGGAUUUCUGAACCAUGCUUUAUCGAAACAGCCCCCCAGCUCUCUAACUUUCCGGAGGCCUAAAGUCUCAGAAGCUGUGAAGUUAACACUGGCUGACACUCUGUGCAAAGAGGCUGAAAAAUGUUAUUGAUUACAGAUUUAAGUCAUUAAUCAUGAUGGUGUCAGCAGAAGAACUUGAAGUGGAGCUAAAAUAAAGUUUCCAAGAGUCUUAACUGAAACGGUGAAUAGUGAGAUUUAAGGAAAGUGGUGUUGAGCCUCUGCAGAACAAAGAGCAGAGUGACCCAGCACUGAUGGGGUGGAAGUGGUGUGCGUUAGUGUGUGUUAGUGUGAAGGUGUUUGUGAGGGGUUAAGGGGUGCUGUUGUCACAUCCUGUCAGCUCUCUGAAAGCCCAACCCUGGAGGAAUACCUGACAGCCAUCUGGCGGUUGUUUUUUCCCUGUGACAUAUCUCAAACGCGCGCACACACAAACUUUCACAUUCGAUAAAACAACACACACACACACACACACACACACACACACACACACACACACACACAUUCAAGAUUCAGCCUGGAAGGGAUCCAGCCGCUCCUGUUUAUGUGAAUAAUUAACAUUUGGUUUGUAAUGUCGGCGUGUCGGAGGAACCCGACUCCAGCGUGCUCUGAAAACAAUCACACCUUGCUCCUCAUACAUCAGUGUUGUCAUCUUUUGUUAAAGAGCCUCUGCAGGUAUUUGCAGCAGGUUGCAUCAUCUAUCAAUCCAUCCUCUCUGAAGGAUUGCUCCACUGUUUGUUGGUGUAACACUUCACCCUCUCUCACUCUCUUUCUCUCUCUCUCCUCUCUCUCUUUUGAGGUCUCCUUUAAUUUCUGAAUCUUGGCUGCAGUUUCUCCCAGCAGAGAUGUUAUUUGUGCUGCUUGACCUCCAGGAUGAUGUAGGAAGUUAUGACAUGUUCAACAUGUGAGGAUUUAGAGCUGCUGUGUGGAGGCUGACGCUCAGAGUUAUGCCCAGGAUGGCAGGAGGCCAACAUCCAGUUAGUCAACACCGGGGAGAGGAUGGAGGCUGUUCUGUUGCAGGAAGGAGACCUUUGGGGGUUUGUUAAUCCAGGGACUCCUGAGUCAGCGGGUUGACAAAUACAGGCUGCAAAUGAAAGGAGACAAGCUGACAUGCAUGUAGAGGCUCUUCAAACAAUACACUCGUCGUAAAAAAUCUGAUUGGAUCCUGUAGGAGUGGGCUGAGAGGAACAGCCCGAUAAAUGAAACUUAGACUACAUUUACAUGUGUCCAGGUAUCAAAUGUCCGUCUAUUACCAUAAAUGGACAUUUCACCCUCUCCAUUUACAAAAAAAAAAAACUGCGUGCACACCACUACGUUUUCAGAAAAGUUGUCGUUUACACUAACCUGUCUAUAUAUGCCUUCAAGAGCAUGCUAAACCUGAAGAGAAGCUCAAGCCCAUGUUAGCCAAUCAGAAUCCUGCAUAGCUGCAGCAACAACAACGUCACUUCCUUCUUUCCAGCACACAAUCUGACGUCAGCUACCCAAAUUUCUGUUUUUCUCUGUUUACAUGCAAAUGUGGAAACAGAGUUUUUCAAAAUCUCCACUCUGGCCGGAGUUUUUAGAAAGCAUCGUUUUCAGAGGCGAAUCUCGUUUGCAUCUAAACGAAGGGUGCAAACGAUGGUUAAUGUUUCCGUUUUUAAAAAUAACCGGGUACGUAUAGACGGGGCCUUAGUCUGGUUCCAGUAGUUGAAGCUGCAGAACAUGAGACUGGAAUGGAAAGUAAAACAGAAAUAUUCCAAAUAAGCUUUUAACAUAUUGAAGUGGUUCUUCUCAAAGACAGCGUACCUCAUGGCUCUGUAGUUUCGCAACCCAAACCACCGUUCUCCAGAACCCCAGUAUCAAACUGACUUUGCAGAGUAACUGAGGUGCUGGCAGAUAAAACCCUGACAAAUAUUCAAAUAUUGACGCUUAUAAAGCUCACCUAACAUUGUCCAAUCACAGCAAAGCAUUCUUGUGCUGUGUUCCAAUUGUACUCGGAAGUCGAGAUUUCCGAGCUCCGAGUCAGAUAUUCAUCUUAAGUCGGACAAUCCUCACCAACCCCGACUUGAGGACAACGUCAUAUUCCGAGAUGGCAGCGCAGUGCAUCAACAGUAAAGAAUAACGGUGAAAGCUCUCGUAAUAUAUUAUUUAUUAGUACUUCUGUUUUGUUUUUGUGAAAUUGAAUAAGUGGUUUAUGUUGUACUGCCCAACAUCUAACUGUGAACACAGUGCUAUGAUGUUUGUAAGAGUAAAAUACUGUGUUAUGCGUUGUUUACAACUGGUAUCGCUGACAACAGCUGACAACCGCUAUCGACAGCUGAUAAUUGUAAACAACAGGUAACUGUAGGCAUCCAUCUUGGUUUUCUGACUUGUUCACUGGAACGCCGUCAACUCGGGUGUAACGUCAUUCCCAGCUCCGACAUCCAACGUCCGAGGUAACUGGAACGCAGCAUUAGCAGCUGGACAAAUACAGUAAGGGCCUGUGCACACUAACCGCGUUUAUUUUGCACUGGCAUAAGCAGAUUAUUAGAUGUGAGUACAGAUGAAUUAAGUGUCUCUGUUGUUGAUGUUUGGUUUUAGGGUCAGGAGAACUCCGGGCUCGACCUGUUUCCAGUGGACCAGUACCAAAACUCCUACUUUCUGUUCUCCACCGUGGAGCAGCUCCUGCAGACGUCAAAUGUACCACAUCGGGUGGAGGUGGGGUUGGAUCAGUCGGGCUUUCUGAGCCACUUGGAACAGCGUGUCUUUCUGUUAUCCAGAGAGUUUCCUUUGUUCUCCAUUUACAUGUGGGGGAUAGGAGGCCUCCUCACUCCCUCAGACAAAUAAGUUCAACAGUCACAGAGACACCGUUCAGAUUUUUUUCAUCCACUCAGGCAUAUAACCAGCAUCUGUAUUUAUCAACACUGUGGCUGCAGGAGCUUAAAAAGAAAAAAAACGGAAUCACCACAUUUACAAACUUACUACAUUUUUAAAAGGAGAGUGAGUCUUUGUACCUGGUUUUACCUACUGUGAAGAAAUAUCUCAGAAUGACCCAAUAAACUAUCCGUGGCACUCCAGCACCUGGUUUAUCUUCUUCCUUUAUUGUCUAAAAGUCUAAAGUCUCAGAGAUACAGUUUUAAAGUGGCCAGAGGCAGUUUUUAUUAUUUACAGUAUAAUUCAAUCAAUUAAUCUUAUUUAUCGAGAGCCAAUUCACAACAACUCAACAAACUCACCCUAACUCUAACUCUA